UUCCAGGGAACUUCCUUACUACCCAGCUGCUUGGUCGUCUUUUGUCUUCAAUACAGCACCAAGCCAGCCUCUGCCCACUUGGGAAGGACAAAUCACAGAGAAAGUACAAAAUAACAUGCUUUUCAGUCCCACAAGGCUUGUUAGGCUUAAAAAUAGAUAUCUUCUGUAACAAGCUGCCAGUUACCAAGCAGAAAAUUAUUCUUAAGGAAAAAGUUUUCAUCCAAGCUUGGUCAGGUAACCUUGUCUUGUUUCUUUCUAACAACCUCAAGGCAACAAGCAGCAAGCCUGUGGUUUUCAAACCGUGUUCCAGAGAACCCUUAAUUACCUUACACUAGGAAAGAGAAAUGUCGGGACUAGGGGCCAAAUGCAGCCCAUCAUGCAUCUCUAUCUGGCCCUUGGGAUUCUCCCCAGGCCACCCCCCCCCCCAGGCACGCUGGUCUCUAAGCCGCAUCCUUCACCAGCCCUUCUUUGCAUCCUCCUUGACUGUUUUUGACUGGCUAUAUACUGUAUCCUUGAAUUCAGGUAAUACCUCUUGUUCACCUUAGGUGAAGGGUAGGGAGGGUUCUGUGAGCGCCUAAAGUGCCAAGUAGUCACAUUCUUAUUUCUUCUACACACACUUUUGCUUCUGGCAUCACUGGCACGCCGCCCUCCGCCAAAAAAACCCUCCCAAAAUAAAUUAGAAUUGCGAAUAUCGUGCAUUUUCCUGCUCUAGAUUUAGUUACAUCUCCUUUCUUCCUCUGAACAAUCCCUGCCUUCUCGCUCUAUCGCAGGGCAGUAAAAUAAUAAAUGGCAGAAAUCCCGUCCGUGUGACUAAAGCGAGAAACUAAAGGCAAUGUCUUCUCUGAAGGCUCCUGAGCAUGCUCAAAAGAGAACGAAGGCGGGUUAAGCAACAGCAGUUUCCGUUGCCUUACUAUGCGGAAAAGAAUCAGCCGGGAGUCCUGCCCAAUCUUUCCUAGGAUCCCCUCCAACACCCCCGUCCCCAACACAAGCUCCAAACUGAACUAUCAUUUGGGGGGCGGAACCAAUCUUCUUCAGCUGAGGGGGUACACCGGAUCAGUCGGGGAGCUGGAUUGGUGGUGCGCCAUCUAACGGAGAUCGCUUCCUUCCUUAGUUCUCCGUAGGUACUUUUCCCUGACCUGUCGGCCGCUCUGGCCCACCGGUCCGCCCCCACCUUGUUCCCUUCACAGCCAUGCAGCCCUACAUGGUCAACAUCAAGCUGUCGGCCCGGACCCUCACCGGGGCGCUCAACCCGCAGAACCGAGGGGCGGCGGACUGGUGAGUGGGGGAAGCGGCGAGGGACCGGGGAGGAGGCGGGCCCAGGCCACGCAGGCCGGCGGGACACAGAGAGAGGGUCGUUAUAGCUCCGCGCGAGCUACCAGAGAGAGAGAGAGAGAGAGAGGUGGCCGUCCCAUCUCACAUGCUGGAGUAGACUUCAGCGAGGCUUACUCGCGAGUAGGCGUGCACAGGGUCGCAGUGUAUGGGCGUGAGAGGGGCGCCUAAGACCGACCAACCUUAUGGCCCUAAUGUGAGAGGGGAUUUUAGGGGCAAAGGAUCCAUUGUUUCCCUGAGGCGUGUAAGCUGCUAAUGGCAGUUGAGUGAAGUUCAUAGAGUCUUCAAGAAGAGUUGUGUAAUGCAAACUAUUGGUAAAGCCUGUAUGGGGUUAUGGUGCAAGUGUAUGUGUGUGUGUAUGUAUAUACAGUGCUUUUUGGGGGGGGGGGUACGCAGGGGUAAGCAUACCCAUAAACAUUUUGUGAAUCUUUUGCUUUUGUCCAUUUACUGUGCUGUAUUUAUUUUUCCCGAUUUGAACUAUAAAAUGGUGAUUUUCUUGAGUCAAAAUGAGAGUACCCCUAAACAUUUUUUUUUAAAGCACUGUGUGUGUGUGUGUGUGUUUUAUGGAUGGAACCAGUGUUUUUUUUCUUUAAAAAUGUUUAGGAGUACUCUCAUUUUCCUGCUCAUAUUGAAAUACUGCUCCUCAAUGAGGAUAAACUUAGAUUCACAAAAUGUUUAGGGGUAUGCGUCCCCCCAGAAAAAAAGCACUGUAUGGAACAUGUGUGGGCUGACAUGUAUGUAACUUUGACUUCUCUGCCGAAGGCACACUCUUUCCAAGGUCCCCCAAGAUAGACGGGUGCCAGCCAUGUGUGGGUUAAGAAAAGGAUGUCAGGUGUAGUGCUUGAUUAUGGGAGCAGGCAGCAUAAUGGGCAUGUGAGCUUUGGCAACUGGGUUGAUUUCAAUCAAGUAUAGGAUGAAGAAACUUGAACUGGUUUGGUUGUCAUCUUUCUGUCUCGGGAGACUACAGAAGAGUGCACCUUCGGGGGUAAAGUCAAACCAUUGGGAGAGUUACAGCGCUUGCUGUGGCUGUAGAGACCCAUACAGGAGAGGCGUGUUUUGUUGCAGCCUGUCCUUAUUAAGCAGAAGUGAAAGCUGUUUGUAAAACACUUAAGAUGUCACGAGCGGAGGGAUUUAGGGUAGGGUGGAAAUAAAAGCACAAGACUUGCCUUCACUGGAAAACUGAAGGGAAAAGUCUCCUGUAGUUGGUAAAUACAACAAUUUGGGGGUUCUUUUUAUGCGUAGGAGUGGUUGCCAAAAGAUUCUUUCAGUUCUCUAGUGAUUCAGCUAGAGUUGCUUUCACUUCCCCUUUUUUUUGGAGUGGAGGAUGGUUUGAGACAUUCAGUGACUAUAACUUUGGAUCUAAUUUAUUUCUAUAAUUUAUAUACCACUUAACACCAGUCUCCAAGCAGUGUAGUUUAAUCAUGCAUUUCAUAUGUUUUGGCUUUGUUUUUGUUCUACGGCUUACCAAAAUUAUGUUUCUGUGUCUGACAGUAUGAUUACUAUUUUCUAGGGGCUGGCAAGGGUUGAUUGCAUAUGGAUGCCAUUCUCUUGUUCUGGUUAUUGAUUCCAAGACUGCCCAGACCCUACAGGUUUUGGAAAGGCACAAAGCUAAUGUUGUCAAGGUAAGUUAAUAACAUUGUAACCUGUUUAAUGUAAAAAUCAGGUAAGAGAAAAUAAUCAAACAGCAACCCUAUCAUGUUUAGGCAGUAAUUGCAUUUGUUUUCAUAAUGCUGUUUCAGUUGUAAGAAGUAACAAACGUAUUGCUAUCUAACCACACCUUUUGACAGAAGUGUUCAUGUUCAGUGUUCCAGUGAGCCAUUAUUUUCAAUCAAGAUAUUUCAUUCCUAUCGUCCAGUUCUCUUAUUUUUCUUUUUUACCUACCGCUCAACAUUUUGUGGCUACAGAGUAUAUUCAGAGGCUACAGAGUAUAUCCAGUCUUCACUGGGCUCUUGUGGGGGGAGGUGCUUGUUAUGUUUUUUUUUAAGUUUGUUGUACUUCUCCACAUCUUGGUGGUCCUCCUCAAGCUUUGGUUUAAUUUCUGUCAGCACUUACCACUUGAUUUCACUGUCAGAGAGAGUGCUGUGAAUUUGAAAUUUGUUAAUUUCAAAUUGCCAUAUAAGAAUAUUGGUGGUAUUAGAUUUGUUUGCCCCUUGGGAUUUAUUCACUCUUCCCAAUUCAUUUAUUACUUACUAUACAACCUCAUGUUACAGAUUUGUAAGUUGCAUAUACUAGAAUUAGUCUCAGGUUCUAAUUUCUUCAGUUCCUUUAUUUAUUUAUUUAUAUUAAAUUUAUAUACCGGCCUUCAUUUGUAGAUCUCGGGGUAGUUCAUGACAUAAAAAUACAGUAUAAAAACGCAAUUCGUUAAAAAUAGUAUUUCAUGCUUCUGUUUAUGUUACAAAUAUCUCUGAAUGUUGCUUACCUUCCUAUGUUUAGGUUAAAUGGGCUAAGGAAAACUACCAUCACAAUAUUGGAUCACCUUAUUCUUUGCGCUUGGCUUCUGCUGAUGCCACUGGAAAGAUCAUUGUUUGGGAUGUUGCUACAGGAGCUGCUCGCUGUGAAAUACAAGAGCACACAAAACCCAUUCAAGGUAAGGAAACUUUUGUAUGUAUGUGUGUUACACCAUCGUGCAGUAAUACAGUGGUACCUCGGGUUACAUACGCUUCAGGUUACAUACGCUUCAGGUUACAGACUCCGCUAACCCAGAAAUAGUACCUCGGGUUAAGAACUUUGCUUCUGGAUGAGAACAGAAAUUGCACUCCAGCGGUGCAGCGGCAGCAGGAGGCCCCAUUAGCUAAAGUGGUGUUUCAGGUUAAGAACAGACCUCCAGAACGAAUUAAGUUCUUAACCCGAGGUACCACUGUAAAUGGAUUUGCUAGCUAAAAGAAGAAGGUUACGAACAAUAAGUAGUCAAUCUGUAUGCUUCCAUUUACAUUCAAGUAAUUCCUGCAUGUGUGUUCCUUCUUGCGUGGAAGACAUAUUUCAUGUACCUGUUUUUAAACAUUUAAUUUGCUUUGCUGGAGGGACUUUUGAAUAGUAUUGUACUGUAAGUAUAUCUGUUAGGAAAGUCCAGAGGCCCAGGAUGGUGAGAAGUUUAGAAACCGAAUAAUCCUGUGAGGAAUGGUUGAAAGAGCUGAGUGGGUUUAUUCUGGAGGAAGAUUUAAGAGGAGACAAGAUAGUGGUCUUCAAAUAUCUGAAGGGCUCUCAUGCAGAAGAUGGAGCAGGCUUGUUAUCUGCUGCUCCAGAGCACAGGUCUGCAAUUAAUGGGUGCAAAGUGCAUGAAAGCAGAUUUCAGUUGAACAUUAGUAAAAACUUUCUAAAAGAAAGAUUUGGUUUAACAGUGCAGCAGGCUGCCUCAAGAGGUUGAGGCCUCUUGUUUAAGUGAAGCUUGGAACAGCCACCUGUUAUGGAGCCUGUGGUUGCAUCUUGCAGUGCAGGUCCUACAUUGAGCAGGGAAUUGUGAUUAGAUGAUUCUUAGGUCCCUUCCAGCUCUAUAAUGCAAUAGUAAAUCCUUGCAUUUCAAGGUCAUAACUCUCUUCUCAUCUCACCUCCUCUGGGCAUAACAAUCUCCCCCCUUAGUUUUCUGUACCCACUACCCCCUCUCACAUCCUCCAUGGUCUUACAGCUUCCCUUGGUUUAUUUGUCCAAUAUUGACUUACUGUCUCGUACUGCUGACAAAGUCUAAUAAAUAUAAACGACCCUCAAUUUAUUGUGUGGUUUAUACAUUUUGAAAAAUGUGUUUAUUUCAGUGUUCUGUUGCUCCUAUCUAUUUCUAUUAGUGCCAUAGGGAAAGGGUUUAAAACCUGCAGAGUUGGGCUUAUACAGACUAUCCAGCCUUGUUAAAUAUGACAAACAAUGCCCCAUUGUUCAAGGCUACCCUAAACUUGUUAGCUCAGUUUCUGGAGAAGGCCACUCUGUCGCUAGGCAACAGUGAAUUAGUUCAGCAGCUGCAUUUCAGCUUGUGGUACAGGUUGUAUAACUGCCGAUUUGCAUCCACAACCAACAAACUACACUAUCACUGAAGCUUGCAUACCCAGACUUGUUCAUAUUUUUUGCUUCAUCACAAUGCCUGGCAGGUGGGGGAGAAAAUUUGGGAUCUUUUAUGUGAAAAGUAACAGGUAUCCUGAUAUUUCUCUUGAUGAUGCCAGCAAAGCAAUAUUGGAGAAGACUGCUAAUGAUAUAGACUAACUUGCAAAAAUGAAACAUUGUAUAGAGCCAUAGCUCAGGGCUGAGCCCCUGUAAAAGGUCUUCAUGUCAUCUCUAUCUUCUUUUUCAGCCCUUUGGUAUCAUGCAAUUGAUCUAAGAUGGAUUUGGUUUAAAAUCUAAUAAAGGUAUUUAUGGUAACCCUGCCAGAUCUAUCAUUAUCAAAUGGCACUAAUUGCUCAAUUUAAUAUCUUUCAGUAAAAGGCAGUAAUAAUAUACAGGGAUUCCCCUUUAAAUUGUGAACUGUGGCAUCUUGAGCAAAAAGAAAAUACUGUAUUCAACAUUUUCUCUCUCACUCCCCCCCCCAUUAAUGCCCUCUAAUGUCUCUCAGUUCUCUUGUGGCACUCCACUCUCUCUCCCCCUCCCGACUUUCCAGGAAGCUGUGCAUCUCCUGCUGUGUAUAUGCUGCCCACAUUCCUCAUUAUCAUCACAGUUAUAGAUGUCUUUUAUUCCUGAAGUAAAAUUCACAGCAUCUUGGUGAAAUUUAAUUCCAGCAUGGGCUUUCAUGAAUAAUUGAUAGUUUGCUUGCCAAGUUGUCUCAUAAAAAUUUUCAUGUACCAUAAUGACCCAAAGAUUCCACCCCCACCCCUUUACUGCAUUGCUAAAAAGCUGGUGAAGUUACGCGAAAUCUGUGUCGGUUGCUUCUGAUGAUGAUGUGGAAAAGGAAAUGGUCACAAUGCAUAACUUAACUAUUCAAUGCUGAAUACUUUUAUCUAAUAUUAAGGUGUUUAAUUGCUGAAAAGGUUUUGCUGUUAUUUAGUUCUGAUGUUUCUCUGUGGACACAUUCGUUAUCUAUAAAGCUGCCCACAUAUGUAAGGUAAUCUUUAAUGCAUUCCUCAAUUGUUGGCAACAUAAAAAUGAAAGCAUUGUAAUUCCCUUCCAAUAAUUAUUCACAUUCUCUUCAGAAUUCAUUUUUCUUAGAUGUCAUUUUUACUUAUUAAUUUUAGCUUCCUCUGUCACAGAAAAGGAAUAGUUUAAAAUGAGAACAAUGAUAUAUAGAUUACUUUUUCCCACUGAUGGAGGUGGCUGAUACCCACAUCAUUUUUUGGCCCUGUCUCCUUUUUUGCUCUGUUUUAGAAGUGGCAGCCCAUUUGUAUAAUGCCACACACCAAAUUGCAGCAAAAUUGUGUCAUGCAACAUAUCCAACUGCAGCCAUUUUCUGGCUGGCACCCCAUAACAUUUUCUCAAAACUCCAGAUGUGCCCACUGGUCCCAAAAGGUUGGCAACCUCCGACAUAAAGUUUAGUUUUGUGUAGACUUAGGUAUUAUUUUAAAUCGCUUCAGGACUUUCCUAGUGAAAAGUGAUGUUACAGUAUAAUCCUAAGAUUUAGAUUUAUUAGAUUUGUAGGUGCCAUUUGAAGAUCUUUAUUGCUAGCUGAUGGGCAAAGAAAUAAAAUCUACACCCAUUAUGUCAGAUAUUCUGGAACAGUUAUUGAUCUGAGCCUUGGUGAUCCUAGCUGUAAAAAAAAAAAAAAGACUUCAUGAUUAAGAUUUGCUGAAACAACUUACUGCUUAAAAAGUGCAAUUGAAAUAUGAAUUCUCUUCAGUGAACUUAGUGGCAGGUUUUGGGUUUAUAUUUCAUUUUUCAUGCUUACCUGUGAAAUACAGAAUGUGUAUUAAUUGGUUGUCUUUAAUCAAGUCUUCAUUCAUCUCUGUUGCCCAUGGGGUGGGUGGCUAAAAUUAUUCCACCAGAAAUUUUUGUUCAUUUAACAUUUAUAAGCCACUUACUAGAACAAAAGACCUCUAAAUGGCUUACAAUUUUCUUGGAAGUGCAGAAGAAACAUCACGUAGCACCUGCAAAAGUGCUAGUUUCACAGACCUAAGUGCUUCAAUGGGCAUACACUGGAUCAAGUAAACAGGUCUCAAACUGUUGAUGGAUUUAUAUACUAAUAAAUAGCACCUUGAAUUUGGCCCAGUAACACAUUGGCAGCCAGUGCAUAUCUCUGAGCAGGGCACUGUAUUGUGUCUGGGUCUCCUGUCAGUGGAGAAUACUACAGCAUAAUUUGGAUUGCUGAUUGUAGCUUGAAGUAAUCCAACAUUGAUGUCAUCUGUGCCUGAACUACUAAAGUCACCGUAUCAAGAAUUUUUUCUGUUGGAAUUAAUUCAUAACUAUGGAAGUUGCAAAUACAGCAUUAGGUAAUGUUGGCAGCUUAAAAGUUUUUAGCUAAACUUUGCUAAAUACAAGUAAAUAAGCAUGCUAGGGAAAAUAUUUCCAAUGCACCCUGAAAAAUUUCUGCAUUUUCUGCUGGACAAAAUAUUUUGGUUGAAGAAUAACAAGUCUUCUGUGUACAUGUGGAAACAAACAAUCGUCUCCACCCUAAUGGGCUGCUUGCUUGAAGCCAGCUCAGAUCUCUCAAAAUAUUGUGUUAACACCAUGUUGUUACAGUAGCUAUGUUUUCAAUUUUUAUUUUCAAACCAAUCUUCUUGCCAUACCUCUCCUUCCUGACUUCCCAGUUAACAAAGGGAAAAUGCAAUUUACACUUGCACACUUAUGUGGGUUUGGCUCAGGAUUCCUUAACUGCUGGUUUUUACUAGCUUCAGUCUCUUUUGAUGUCAAGCCCUACCCAUGUACAAGUGCCAUGUUCUUUCACUGAUUGCAAAUGUUCUGGGAUGUCCUUGGGUGAGAUACAUUGGCAAGGGGUGGCAGCAGGACCUGGCUGAGUUGUGUGAGCUCUUGGGACCAUGAGUUUGUAUGAGGAAAGAGGUGCUGGCUGUGAUGGCUCUCGUUACUUGUAAGAUGGUUUGAGCAAUUCUGGUAUCAGUUUUUCUUUUUGCAUCAAUAAUGAGAGCUCUAACUUUGUUUUACUGAUGCCACAUUCUGAUGUUUGCCUCAGAAACCUAGAAGAUGAAAAGGGGAGCUGUUAUUUUUAGUUCCAAGAUUGACUGACUGUUUUCAUCUCUCCCUCUCUUUCCUCCACCUUUCCUUUCCCUUCCUUUCCUUUCCUUUCCUUUCCUUUUACUGUUUGACAGACAUGCAGUGGCUGUGGAAUCAGGAUGCCUCUCGAGAUCUUCUCCUUGCAGUUCACCCACCAAAUUACAUAGUGUUAUGGAAUGCAGAUACUGGCACUAAACUCUGGAAGAAAAGUUAUGCAGAAAACAUCCUUUCUUUUUCGUUCGAUCCCUUUGAUCCUUCAAAUUUGACAUGUGAGUUCUGUUUUAGGAAAGUAUGUUACCUUUGUGUUCUACAGGACUGAAUAUUGCUGUCAUACAAAAUCUUGCUGUUAGAUUAUAACAUGUGCCACAGAGGCUUAAAAAUGCAACAUGAGAACUGAGAACUGAGAACUGAGGACAGCUUCAUUAACCUUGUGUUAUUUUAGAGGUAGUUUGUGGGGGAAAUGAAUCUGAAUGGUCAAAUAAGAUUGUGAAGGGAAGUAAUGAAUUCGUAGUUAAUUACAAAGUUUGCCUCAAGUCAAAGUUGUGGAGAAUGAAAUUGUAGCUCAUAUUACAAUGCAAAUACAGCUUUAUCAUGCCUAUGGGGUGUAAUAAUUAGAAACGAGGAAAUAGCUUCUGUGUAUUACAUGUGAAGAGAUACGUAGCUUGGCAUGUUCACUCAGAAGAUGGUCCAAUUAAAUUCACUGGAACUUGCUUUUGGGUGAGUUGUAUAGGACUGCAGCGCACACUCUCUCUCUCUCUCUAUAUAUAUAUUCUUAUAUAAAGUGUUGUGUAUAAGAAUUGGCAGCAUUUUCCAACCUGAUUCCUUGUACUACGUCCCUUUAGUCUCAACAAGCAUGGCCAGUGGUCAGAGAUUAUGGGAAUUGUGGUCCAAAACACCUUGAAGGUGCCUGGUUGGGGAGAUUGCUUUGGGAUAACACAAUAUAGUUGAGGAGCUGCAAGUAGGUGAAAAUUAGUGGAGCAACUGUGUCUGCCAGUAACCUUACAUAAUUUUUUUUAAAAGGGUUAAAAUUCCAUGGCCUCAAAUAAGAAUGGAUCAUCUAUCACUCUUUUCCACAAGGAUGUUCCUUUUAUCAGUUUGCCAUGUAUUUCAGCAUUCGUAAAAUUUGUUACCACUUUUCAUUCCAGAAGUACAUUGAAAAGUGAAAUGCUACCAUCAAAUAUCUCCUCAUAUUUUACAGUAAUAACUGUCUCUUUUCUUGGUGCAGUGCUUACAAGUGAGGGAAUAGUGUUCAUUUCGGACUUCUCUCCUUCCAAGGCUCCUGUCAGUUCAGGGAAAAAGGUUUACAUUUCCAGCCCUCGUUCUAGUCCUGUUCAUAACAAGCUGGUAUCUGCUGCAGGGGCUAAAAAGGCCCUGGACAAAGUAAAAAUUCUCAUCACUAAUGAAAAACCAAGGUAGGUCUUAAGCAUGUGUUUUCUACUGUGCUCACAAGACUUGUUCUAUAUAGUUAAAUCUAUAUAAUGCCUACAGUGCAAGGCAUGUUGUUCUGGCUAAUCAAGAAUAGGGUAAGCCCAGUAUUCCAUUUUUGUGCUUGAGACCUGGGAUUGCUGUCAGUGUUUCAAGCCAUAUAUGGCUGUGAAAUAUCAGGCUUUCAGAAUGAGGUAUUUCCUUUAUCCAUGUAGACAUGGUUACUUACCAGUUUUCCCUUUGUGACUUAAGUUAUCUUGCUUCAAAAAAGUUUAUUUACUUUUUCACUUUUGAAACAAGAUUGCUGCCAACUGGAGCAGACUUCUGCUUGUGCAACCAGCACAACCAGCUUGUGCAAUCCAUCCUGUGCACCCUUGAAAUCUGCUCCGGGCAUCAUUUGGAGCAAAUUUUCGGGGCAUGUUGGAGACUGCUUGCGGGGUGAGGAGAGGAAAGCAAAGUCCCAAUGCACAAAUGUAAGUCUGCUCGUGCACCAUUUGGAUUCCUCCCAAAGGGAAGCAGUGAGUAAAUUUCUACUCUAAGAAGUGAUGAUUGGGUCAGCUCUACCAAUAGGUAAGGGAAGGCAGCUCAUUUUCAGAUUUUGGAGUACCAUUGCAGGGCAGAAAAUCAUAAGUUAUUUGGUUUUUUAUAUUCUUUUUGCCAUUUGAGGGUGGUCUUACAUAGAGUUUAUUGUUUGUCUUGGCCAGUAGGGCUGUUUCUAAACAAAGAUGACAUUAUAUCCGUGGUUCCCAGCAUGGGGCACAUGCCCCACACGGGGGCAAUUUGAUUUUUAAGGGGGGCAAUUUGAGAAUGAGUUAUUAACAGUUAAUGGCCUUUUAGGUUGCCUUCACAUGAGUAGCAGUUCUUUUUGAAUAAUAAGAAUUUUAUGUUACCGGGGUGGGGGUGGGGUGGUUGUCAGGAUUUUAGAGAUGCUUAAGUGGGGCAUGGCCGCAAAAAAAGGUUGGAAACCACUUCAUUAUACAGUGGUGCCCCGCAAGACGAAUGCCUCGCAAGACGGAAAACACGCUAGACGAAAGGGUUUUCCAUUUUGGAGGUGCUUCGCAAAACGAAUUUCCUAUGUGCUUGCUUCGCAAGACGAAAAUGUCUUGCGAGUUCCUGCGGGGUUUUUUUCCUCCCCCCCCCUUUUUCCCAAGCCGCUAAUCCGCUUAUCAGCUGAUCGGCUAAGCCGCUUAUCAGCUGAUUGUUAAGCCGCUUAUCAGCUGAUCGCUAAGCCGCUUAUCAGCUGAUCCGCUAAGCCCGCUAAGCCGCUAAUACGCUAAACCGCUAAUGGGCUUGCUUCGCAAGACGAAAAAACCCGCAAGACGAAGAGACUCGCGGAACGGAUUCUUUUCGUCUUGCGAGGCACCACUGUAUUCAGUAAAUAAGCCAGUUGGACCUUUCAAUACUUUCUUUGAAUGGACUAUAAACUACUGCGUGCAUUUUCAAGCACUGGAAUUCAUGGACAAGUUCCAGGGAUUUGGAUUCUGAAAAAAGCAGUACCCUGAAUCAUUAUCUCAUGAAAAAAUGAGGUUGCAUGAUAAUUGUCAUUAUAAACUGCCCAGAAUAAAAAUUUCAGUAAUGCAAUAAGAACAUUUGAAGGGAGGGAUGGUAUUUUUGUUGUUGGUUGGUUGGUUGUAUUUGUUGUAGCAUAAAAAAAUAAGUUUAUAUAAAUUGCUUCAGAAUUUAUCUAUUUGUUCACAUGUGGUGGUAUUUCUACAUGGUUGUGGGGCAUUUGAGAAUGAUCACAGGGAGGAAAUGUGGUAAAAAUUGGCUUCCUGAUUAUGUAGUCUGCUGGAAAGCUCUCCUGUAAAAAGCCCUGUUUAAAAUGUGUGCUCUUUUGUGGGUCUUGGAAGUGUCUACUGAUGUGUAAAUGUGUGUGUGUGGGGGGGGGAAUCUCUGUUGAUUUUUUAAAUAUUACCACCUAUUAAACUUGAUUAUUGCAUUUUGAUAUUUUUCCUGCAAACAAUCAAACAUUAAGUUCCAUAUGGCACAAUUUUCCUUCCUUGUUGCUGUUUUUCAUCCUGAAUACCUUUAAAUGUGUCAGUAAUUGUUUUAACAAAUUCAUCAGACUGUAUUGUGAAUCAGUGCUGAAUGCAACAUGUUAAUGUUGGUAAGAUCAAUACUUUAAUGAGAGCUUUAAGUUUUGAACAAUAGGCUUGAUGGCAUCUCAUUUUGCAAUUCUUUGUGAAUUGUGAUCUCGUGUCAGUUGGAAGGGCAUGAAAAGCCUAGAACUAUUUACAUUUUCUCCUUGUCAAAAAGGAAACUAGUGGGGCAGCUGCCGUUUCUUUGUUGCCCAGUAAUGAUAGAAGUAUUUUCGGUGAUGACUUGCACAUGCCCUUAAGAAUUAUGGGUCUUACCCAAGUUUCAUUGAUUUCAGUGGGACAAGUAUAAUUAACUUUGUCUGAAUUGGAGCCUUUUAUUAGGAUUAGACAGAUGUAAGUGCUUGCCCUAUUCCAUGCCCCUCUCAGAUUGCUUUAAAUGGGUACAUGCAGAUAUGAAUAAGCUGCAAAGGCUGAAAUAUUAUAAAUAAAUGUGAUAUAAUAGUGGUGAAUUUCCAUUUUUCUUUUGCUGUUCUCUGUAAUCAGGGAUGGGAGAAGAGGGCAUUGAACAUGACAGGUGGGUUAUCGUAGCUAAAAACUAAAAGGGUGUGAUGGUGGUGGUUAUAAACCCAUGUAGAGAGCCUGGGUUUACUCCAGAACCUAAACCUGCGAUUGCAACUGAUCCUGGCUCUGUAUGAUGUUUCCAAAGGCACAUUUGUCACAGUUUACAUGUUCAGGUUUAUACUUAAAACUUAGGUGUGUACUUGAAUAUAACCUGUAAGAUUGUUCUCACUAUCCAACCAAUACGUCUACUCAGUUAAUGAAAGAACCCUCUUUUUCUUGGCCCGGGCAAAACCCUUUAAAAAUGCUUACUGCUUCCCUUAGUAACUAAUGUAAUGGCUCGGCUGUUCUUAAGAACGUGGAGAGAUGCUGCUUUUAUAGUUGCAUAAUCAAUUAUUGAUGAGAGAAGCAUCUGGGAUGGGCUUGGUAGCUGUUUGCAAAGCUUGAUUACAUAUAGCUGUUUAAUUUGAUCAUAGAUUGCAUUUUGGAUAUUUGAACACUUGAAAUCCUGGACCCUUUGCAAUGAAAUGUAUUUUAAUAAGACUUAUUUGUGAUGUGUCUAGUGCUGAAUCAGUAACACUGAAUGACUGCCUUCAGCUAUCCUACCUGCCUGCCAAGCGAAACUACAUGUUGUUGCUCUACCCAAGAGAAAUCUUGAUUCUUGACCUUGAAGUAAACCAGACAGUAGGUGUGAUAGCAAUCGAAAGAACAGGAGUGCCUUUCCUCCAGGUAAUAAAUCCAUCUUGCCAUUGUGCAUGCCUUCGUUUUCAUUUUAUCUUUAGAUUUCCAUUCUGCCCUGUAUUUGUCCAAAGCUGUAGAUGACACAAGAGACAAAACACUUUAAUUUGCAGGCUAAAUGCAACCCUGUGCUAAAUAAGCUUGUUUCUUCCACAAAGCAUUUCCCAAAGGUUUUAUUGAGACUUAGUGCCUUGGCUCACUUGCUCAGUUUCCUUAUGGAAUACAGAUGUUUCUGUUGAUACACUGGAUGUGUGCAAAAAUCAUCCAAUACAAAAGUUGUGAGUCAGUGAGGAACAUGAAAGCAAAGGUUGAUUGCUAAAAAAAUAAACUAACCUUGAAGGGGAAUUACAACUGACAGCUAUAACCUUGAGAUCACUUUUUCCUCCUUGCUAGCGCUAUUCCAGAAUAAUUGUUGACAAUUUGAUUGAUGUGAGCUGUUGAAGAUUAUGGGUGACAAAAUGGAGACUAGAACAUAAGGCUGCAAUCCAAAUCUACUUACCUGGGAGUAAGCCUCAUUGAACUCAGUGGGACUUACUUCCGAGUAGGCAUUGCUAGGCUUUGCAAAGUGUAUUUUAUAAAAUCCCACAAAUACAAUAAGCAGUUGCUGGGUUUUUAUUGUGAGUUUGGAUGCUGGUAGUCUUGCGGUCAAUGUGUAGUGAUAAGCAGUAAGGUAUGAGACACUUAAGAGUCUGACAUGACCAAUGAUUCAGCUCUUUAGUGUCUGCUAGAAAAAUCCACCUCAUUUUGUGGUAUUAUAAAUAUUACUAAAGUGGAAACAACCCCAUAGUGAAAAGAAAUGGCAUGUUAUACUUGUUUAGAAGUUUCCUCCAACAAAGGCACAAGCUUAUUUGAACAUCUGUUUCUGCUUGGUUAGGCAGCUAAGUCAUGUCUAAAGCCUUAUCUGAGCUGCCUUGAUCUUUUAGAAUAUUUUAUUUAUGUGAGCUAAAAAGAAAUAAUGCUAAGCUUUAUAGCUUUUGUCUGAAACUAAAAUGUGUGUGUUUUCUCACUUAUGUGAAUGGUUCACAUUUAUGGCUGCUAAGAUGGUGCUAUUUUGAAUGUAUUCAUAAAAAAUAAAAUUCACUUUCAUGUGAUUAUGGCAACAGAGGUUUAUUAUUUUGAGAAAAGAAUUAAAACCUGAAUGAUUCCAUUGAUACAAGCACUCAUGUGUUUUAUUAUGACAGAGUAGCUGAAAUCCCCAUUAUAAUUAAACAAUAAUAUUGUUUUAACUAAAUAAUAAUAAAUAACUAUAAUCAGCUUUCGAGACAUCUGAAAAAUCGUUCAUUGCAAAGCUGCCUGUAAUUGGGUGUCCUGUCAGACAUUUAAGUUUUUUAAAUCUCAUUCCCCAGUCUUUGUCUGCUGUGCUCGGUAUCGCCAUCAGUGUGGGAACAGCUGAAGCUGUCUUUGCUAGAGGGGGUUGGAUAGAGCCUCUCAUCUGAUGUUUAAAGAAGUGGUGUACCUGCUGGUUGUCAUAUGAUGUGCAGUUUUCUUAAACUGAAUGUUCUCACUAUACAUAUAUACCCAAGGUUUUCAAUACAAAUUUUAAGGUGUGGUGGUGGUGAGUUAAAUCUUCUACUUCUACUAUCCAGGUUCUUUAGACGGUAUUAAACUAAAUUAUUGCAUGAGCGGAACAACUUCAUCUUGUACAAUGGCAAUUUUGCCCUUCUUCACUUCCUCUGUGUACCCUAUGCUGCCCCCAAAUCCUGUCCAAAGGGUGGAGGAAGCCUCAGAUCAGAUUUAGGGGUAUGUGGGACGACGAGAAGGGGAAAAUGUCCUGUUGAGCAAUCUGAAGUGCUGCUUGUGCACUUAUUUAGAUCAGUACUUUGCACUGCUUUUUGCAGGGAAAUUGCCCACUGUGGGGGGACAGGACACCUUCUAUCACCCGUAAUCAUUCUAAUUUUAUAUUAUGUUAAGUGUGCAUUUACUCUAAGCAGUAAAUUACUUAUUAGCAUUAAUAAUUAACAUAUUCAGCCCUUUCUUUUUGGCAAGUAACCUGCCAGACUACCCUGUGACAUGUACAAGCGUGUGUACAAUUGGGAAAAAUGGAUUGAUAGAGUUCUGUUUGUCUAACAAAAUAGUAGUCUUUUAAAAAAUGAGUUCCAUCCUAUUCCAUAGUGAAUAAUGGGUCAAUAAACUUUUAGGACGUUUGAGAUAUCUGUAACAAGUCCUCCUCUUGUUUACGUGAUUUGUGCAGGUUUAUUAAUAUGGAGGGUAAGAUUUCAAUAGGAACAUGAAGAACAAUAUUAAACUUGGGGGUUCUUGUUUGUUUGUUUGUUUAGGUAAUCCCAUGUUUUCAGCGUGAUGGUUUAUUCUGCCUGCAUGAAAAUGGCUGUAUUACUUUGAGAGUUCGCAGAUCUGUUGGUUGUGUAAACAGUACAUUAAACGAAGAUCCAGGUGAGCAAGCUACUCCAGUCUACCGAACUAGGUAUCUAGCAUUUGAAGUUACAAAUUCAAUGUUACAACCAAAAUUUGCAUUUAUUCUUAUUAAAACUUUGGCCAUCAAUUUUCCUACCUGUAUUAUUUCCAGUAUUGUAUAGUAAAUAACUUGAAGGUGUUUGAUUACACAAGUCAAAUAAAAUUCCCCCACCUGGCCCAAUGCUGAGAUGGAGAUGAGUGUAAUCCCAACUUUGGCCUUGCCUUUCACUGGCAAGUAUUGCUGCAUUGGCCAGCAAUAUAUGUAGCACUCACACUGAAAUAGGUUAGUGACCCCUGGCACAGAUUCAUUAAAAUAGACUUGAACAGCUGUAGAUGUGACAAAUGUACCCUGUACCCUCACAUUCUAAAUGUCUUUUUAGUAAUUAGUUACUAUGUCUUUAUUAUGUAAAUCCUCCAGUGUACUGACCUGCCUCUGUUUCAAAUGCCCCAAUAUUUUGUGUACCUCUAUAUUAUUAAAAACAUUGUCCGUUUUUAUCAUACUAUAGAUGUAACAGUGGUAACCAGCAGAAUUAGCACAAGAGCCCGGUGGUUGUUACAUUUGACUGAAAGCUGUGCGUAUCUGCUAUCUCAUGUUUUGACAUUUGCAGAACCUGACCCCAUUCAGGAGCUGGUCUAUGACUUACGAAGUCAGUGUGAUGCUAUCAGAGUUACCAAGACCGUUCGCCCCUUCACUAUGGUGUGCUGUCCUGUGAAUGAAAAUUCUGCAGCUCUCAUAGUCAGUGAUGGUAGAGUAAUGAUAUGGGAGCUGAAGUCCAUCAUUUCAGGCCGAAGUCAACGGACUAGGUAACCUUACUGAAUGUUCAGUGUUUUUUUUAAUUAGUAGUUUAAACACAAGGAAUCCGUGGACUUGACUAAGCUGCUUCAUUUCUAAUGUUUAUAACCAUGUUGUUUAGUACAACUUUCUACAACAAGGGUGGUUGUUCAGCAAAGCUGUCAUUUAAAAUGAGCAGCCAGAUGACUAUGGCUAAUAGUAACGUCUGACAAGACUUGUAUAUGAUUUAUACUAAUGUUGUGUGUAUUAGGCCACAAUUAAUAGGCUUAUUGCACCUGUGUGAUACAGCAUGGGUUGUCAUCUUGUUUUGUGUAUUAUUCUUGGUAAUAGUGGUGCUGUCUUCUCUCACCUUCAAAAUCAGUGUUGAUAUAAAAUGAGCUCUCUCAUUCUUAAAAGAUCUCAGUUAGCUCCUCAAUAUCAUUCCAUCAGUUUAAAGAGGCAUGAUCACAACAAGCUAUGUCUGCACAGAGGACAAACUUGUAUAUAGCAGAGAGGUGCAGCAUGUUGAUGUCAUCUGUACAUGAGGCACUCUAAGGGAUCUCAGUUGACACAGAAUGGGGAAACCAGCCAUUAAUUGCAACAGUGCAGUAAUGUGCUGUGUUUUACUCUUGCCCCUGGACAUGAAUGCCAUUCGUUUCAUGAAGGAAUACCAUCAGGGUGGACGACUAAUCAGUUGUUAAUUCCAGCCACUGAGAAUCAAGGAUGCUCCUUUUUGUAGAAAAGGAACCUUUCUGCAUAGGUCAUUCUGGAUUCUGUUUGGUGGUCAGGCUAAAGCAUGAUAUAACGUUUCAUUCUUCAGUUUUAUUGUGAUUGUCUUUUUGCAGCAAUUCAACUGCAUCACCUUUGUACUCGCCGGUCUCAUUCUGUGGAAUACCAGUUGGGGCAUCUCAGAAUAAACUUCCGGACCUGUCACUGGAUAAUAUGAUAGGUAAGAGUAUGUGAGCCAUAACAGUCGUCUAUAUUUUACUUCAGCUUUGGUAACUAUUUUAGCUUGCUAUAGUAUUCUAAAGCAAAAAGCUGUGUUUCACAGUUUUGAGAUUGGUAAUUGCUUAUGGCCAAAUCAUGAAAUCUAUUUUGCUUUUUCUGUUAUAUUGUACAUCAGGGCAAGGCACACUUUCUACCGAAGAACAACAAAAAAGUUACUGUUUGCAAGAAGUGCAUUUAAGGUUCCUGCUAACAGGGCUUCUUUCAGGACUCCCUUUGCCUCCCUUUGCUAUCCGCAUGUGCCCACCUCUCACCACAAAAAACUUAAAACAGUAUCAGCCUCUCCUUGCUGUCGGUAAGUGUCUUAAACAGUACAGUUGAAUAUAUUGCUCAUUUUGACUUUUUGCAGUGAUACGUUUGUAUGAUAAACUGUGUGUCAUUCUGGGGACUAUUGCUGUCUGACAUAGCAUGCCCUUGAGUUGCUUGAAUUACUUCCCAGAAUAAAUGCUGUCUUAAAAGAGAGAUGAAAAGUUUUUCCAGUUCUUAGAUAUUCCUGCCAUAUAUAUUAUUAAUUUUGUGAUUUGUAUCCCAUUCGAAGACAAACGUUUAGUGUGGCUAAAAAUGCAUUUUCCCUCUCAUUAAAAUACAAAAUGCUAAAAGAGCAGUGAAUUUAAAUGACCCCAGCUAAAUACCUGCUUAACUCUGGCUCCAAAAUGCCAAUCAGCACAUUAAGUCCUGGCUUAUGUUUUAAUAUAAUGCAUUCUUAAAACUGGUUUAGUGAGGUAUUAAAAUGCAUCUUCUGAAAGCAAUUAAUGGAUUCAGUGUAUAAUGGCUGACCUGAUCCCAUGCUAUGUGAAGAAAUCCAAAUUGUGCCCACUCAGAUCUUGUCAUGGCUUGCCUUAGCUUUUACACAGCACAAUAGAUUUUUGAAGGUUCAGUACUGACGCAAGUUGAAGUUUGAUGCUUACUGUGGCAAGUUUCUCACUGACUUUUUAAAGGAAGCAUUUAUGUAUGAAAUGAGUCCUAAGUUCAAUGCAUUCAUUCUGCUUGUGCAGUGACAAGGUAAUAAAUCAAAAUCAGUCUAUCAGGAUUCUGCCUUGAAGGUUACUUAUGGUCUGGCACCCUCCUUACUUGAAUAUGCAGUGGUAUCUCAGUUUUCGAAUGUCUCGAAAGUUGAACGUUUCAGUUUUUGAACGCCAAAAACCCGGAGGUAAAUGCUUCCGUUUUCGAACGCACCUCGGAAGUCGAAUGGCUUCCGCUGAGUUUUUUUCCAAUUUUCUCUAUUGAGUUUGCAGACCACCCUUGAGUGGUAUUCUCUUCCGGAACAGAUUAUGUUCGAAAAACGAGGUACCACUGUAUAAAGUCUGUCCACUUGGAUUAUCUUCUACACAACUACCUACCCAAGUGCUACUAUUUAUGAAGCAUACCUUCAGCCUUGUGAGAAAAAAGACUGCAAAAGUCACUUGCCUACUAAGAGGCCAGUACCUUGUGUUUUAGUAUUGGCUGUGGAAAAGGACAGGCUCCUUUCUCCACGGGCAACAUGAAAGCCCAGGCUGUUAAUGGUGUUAGCAGCCUGGUUAAAGAAAGCAGGGGAGCGUCUACCAAAUGAGCAGACAGAAAAAUCUGUCCCUCCACUGCCAGCCUGCUUCAUUUCUUCGUUUGGUUGUAGAUGAAGGGACUUCCCUUCCUUUACGGCUGGCAUAGAAAUGUAGUUGGCUGGUGGAGGGGUUGUGGAACAUUCUGUCUCUCCUCCGACAGCUCAUUGAAUUUCCAUGCUUGCUGCAGAGAAGGAGAAGCUCCUUCCCCCUGGCCUCCUUGGACGCUAUCUUUGCAAGCAUAGGAGUGAGAGUGGCCCAUUUCACUUCCACUGUGCUACCCACUUUCCUCCAUGGAAGUAGUCUAUGUAGCCUAUGGCUACCCGGUGAGCUCUUACACUCAAGGCUAGUGUAGUUACCAGUGGAUCGGGCCUAAUGUUGUGGGUGGGUGAUGUAAAACCUGCCUAGCAAUCUAAUCAAUCACUUGAGGAUGAGUGAAUAAAGGAAACUAUGUGGAAAAAUAAGUAUAAGAGAUUCACUUUUGUGGCGGGGAGGGGGACAAAGUUGAUUUUAAAAUGUCAAUGUGAUUUCUGUAAAUUUCGCAAUUAUUCAAUUGACUCCUUGCAGGAACAAGCAAUGGCUCGGUCCUGGUGUAUAACCUUACCAGUGGGCUCCUACACAAAGAGUUAAGCAUUCAUUCCUGCGAAGUCAAGUGAGUUUCUUUAAAUAGUUGUUGAUUUUCUGGAGAAAGGAAGAUUAAAGUGUUUAAUGUGCUAUAAGCAAUGCUGGCAUUUGGCUUAAUCAUAAAAACUAAAAAGGAGUCAGUGCAGGAAGAUUGUUCAGUAGGGUGGUUUUCUUUUGCAAAUAGAGCCAUAGUUCUGUGAAAACUGUUCUGCUUUAUAAAUAUUUGAAUUGGUAACUAAUGUGUGUGUGUUGAUCAAGGCUGAAUAUAAGCCUUUGUGUCCCUAGACAUUGCAGCAUAGAGAAUUUCUGCCUAAUGUGAGUCUGAUUACAGCUAUAUUUAUAAGGACCAUACUAUGUGCGAGGCGGUUCCACAAUUCUUCCUCCUGACUGCGUUUUGUAUUAAACAAAAGCCCUAAAUGGCCAUGGAAGUCUGAAAAGAGGAAUGGAGGACCAGCAGCUAUGGGAAGACCAUGGACUGCUGAACUCUGAAUUCUCAUCCCAUUGUUUGUCCUGUGUCUUUGUCCCUUGUGGGGGCGGGGAGGUGGACAUGACAAGUAGGGAAAGGGUUGCACGGUCCUUUGAACCUGCUGACAGUACUUCACCAUUGAUCUUAGGCUUACGUGGCUGCUUAUUUAUUUAAAAUUAAAACUUCAGGAUAUGGAAUAAUAAAAUGGCUGUUACAAGUAACUUGGUUGCUUCGACUCUUGUGACAUAUUUCAGUGCAGAUCAAUCUGUCCACGGAGACUUACUUUUGUGCUACAACUGCAUUUACAAGGAGAUAUACAGUUAUGAGAUGCUGCCCUUAGGUAACAAUUCAUGCUGCCCUUAGGUAACAGUCUCAUGCUCAGCAUGUUUUGUGAGCAUCUCAGUGAAUUCUGAAACUAGAGUAAACCAGACUUGUUGCAAAGCCUCUGGAAGUUACUAGCCUGGAAACAUUUGUACCCUGCUCCUUUUUACUCAAAAGAUUCCGCUUCAUUUUCCCCCCAUGGGUGCUGCUCUCAUUAUUACCAGGAAGUGGUGCCUUUCUGGUUCUCUUUCUCCUGCCCCCCCGCCCCGUUUUUAAUAAUGGCACACCCACCAAAGGGAAGUGCUGUUGGAGACAGUUCAAGCUGCUUGAGCCAGUCCUUCACCCAGAGUAUCUCUGGGCCCACAGCUUGGGCCCAGAAGCUGGUCCACCUGGCAAAGCAAUUCAGUUUCCCCCUGCUUUGCCAGCCUAUUCAGCUUCUAUAUACCUACCGCCUGAGGAGGAGGUGAAUCCACUUCCUUUGUAGCCAGUAUAGUCAUUGAUCUGGCUGGCAAAGCAGAGCUGUGCUCCUGCUUCACUCACCUGCAUGAAACUCCUGGUCAGAGUCAAGACAGAAAUAAACAAGCAUGCAAUUUGAAUAUACAAUUACCCAUUUGUACUUGAAGCAUCAGGUGUUUGGUCACAGAUAUGCGGAGCUGAUUGAACUACUGGUCUCUUGUACCUACCUGCUGAUCUUUUUUUAAAAAAAAGCAAACAAAACUUGCCACAACCUUUCAGGAUGUGGUAUGCUGGAAAAAAAUCUCUGUGACAAACAUUAUUUUUGUUAUCUAUGCACAGAGAUAGCACAGUUGGUUCCGAUAAUGCUUUUUCCAGGCUACAAGCAAAUCAGAAAGUGGUUUAUGCAAUACAGUACAUGACAUUUAUGUGUGACCUGUGGCAGACCAAAUUGCUUUGGCUUAUAUCACUGCUAAAGACAUCAAAACACAAGAAGCAGUUAACUAGAAGUGGGUGAUCAUGAAAAUCUGCUGUGAGCUGUAUUGCCAAGUUCAUAUAGAGGAUUUCUAUUGCACACAGCAGUGUCUAGGGAAAAGCGUAUUUGCUUUUAAUCUUUGUCUAAUUUCUUUUCUCUUCCAUCAUGUGCUACUGUAACUUUGAUAUUCAGUUGCUCAGCUUUUUGAGUCUUUUGAAUCCUGCCAUGUUUUAUAUUAAUAUUGGAACAUUUAAUGCUUUAAACAUUAGUGCUAAUAUUUCCCCAAAGUUAAUUUUAAAACUAUUUAAAAUGCCUUAUCUCAUUGAAGUUUGAAAAGUGUCUUACAUAAUUUUAUAUACUUCACUUUAAGCAUAAUUAUACUUUCAUCUUCUUCUCAGUUUAAUAAUUGAUCAUGUUAGUUUGGGUACUGGAAAAGCCCAAUCUUAAAUGCAAUCAAGUAUUAAAAAACGUUUUGAACAUUUUAGAUUUUAAAUUAAAUUUAACUGAAAUUUGCACAUAGCCCAUAACUAUUGGGACUACGUCAGAAGUGCGUGAAAUAAAAAAUAAAGGUGUCUCACUUGAAGUAAGCAGAUGGACAGAAGAGUGACAAAAUGCAACUGAAUUUUACAUUUCCUAGCUACAAAACCAUGGAACCUAUUCAUUAUUAAUUGUUCUGUUUUAUAUAUGAAACAAAAUAUAUUCUGUUUUGGGAAAUAAGUUGUUAUUAUUCUUGUAUAUAGGUUCUGAAAUUAUGGAUAUUUUGAAAGGUAAAGGGUAAGAGUUUGAAAGCAUACCAGUGCAAGUAGAUAAAUAGGUACCACUGCAGCGGGAAGGUAAAUGGCGUUUCUGUACACUCUGGCACUCGUCAUGGUGUUCCAUUGUGCCAGAAGCAGUUUAGUCAGGCUGGCCACAUGACCCAGAAAGCUGUCUGUGGACAAACGCCAGCUCCCUCAGAUAUUUUGAAAUAUAUUUGUCAGUAAGCAUUGUGGGACUGAUUUACAAAUGAGUACCUGCCAUAUAUUUUCUUACCAAGUCCUGCAGAAUCAAAUAGAGUAAACUCCCAAAUGUGAACAGUGUGGGUAUGUGGACAUAGUCAGCAAACAUUUCCUUCCUUUAAAAAAAAUAAAAAUCUGCCGUAUUUCCAAAUUGCUCAGGCACUGUUUGUGCUCACACCAGUUUUAUCCUAGCAACAAUCCUGCAAUGUAGAUUAGAGUAGACCAGGCAUGGCCAAACUUGGCCCUCCAGAUGUUUUGGGACUACAGUCAUACCUUGGGUUGAAGUAGCUUCAGGAUAAGUAUUUUCGGGUUGCGUGCUGCGGUGACCCGGAAGUAACGGAGCACGUUACUUCCGGUUUUCUCCGCUUGCGCAUGCGCAGACGGUCAAAAUGACGUCAUGCGCGGAAGCGGCGAAUCGUGGCACACGCAGACGCGGCUUGCGUUCGCUUCUGGAUGUGAACAGGGCUCCAGAACGGAUCCCGUUUGCAUCCAGAGGUACCCCUGUACAACUCCCACCAUCCCUAGUUAACAGGACCAGUGGUCGGGGAUGAUGGGAAUUGUAGUCCCAAAACAUCUGGAGGGCCAAGUUUGGCCAUGCCUGGAGUAGACUAUGAAAAAGUGAAUGGCUUAGGUUUACUCAGUGAGCAUCUUGCUCUUCCAGAAGGUAUUCAUCUAAAUGGGUACCAGCUUGGUGAUAUCCAGAAAUUGGGGAUUACAAUUCCCAUCAGCCCCAGCCAGCAUGAUGAGGGAUGACUGGAGUUGUUGUAGUUCAAAACAUCUGGAUGGCAGCACCUCAGCUAGUCCUCCUCUAAAUCUCUGUGGGACUUUACUGAAUGCAUUGAGGGAUGUGUUUGCAUGCAGGUGCUCAUUAGAACAAGCAGGUGUGUAUCAGAACUUUUGAACUGAUAAGCAACAAUUUUAAAAUAGCAAGGUGGAGGGGAAGGAGAGCCUAGCAGUUAUUUCUCUUCUACAGGCCACAUUUCCUCACAGAGGCUGUAUGAAUUUAAUAUUAAAGAGUGACUUGAGUAGGUUGCCUUGGGUUAGCCAGAAGUUAAGAAGUUGGAAAAUUCAAUAUCUUUCUAUUCCAUAGUUAAAGUGGCUGUUACAAAUUGCACUGUAUAUAAAAAUACAUGAGCCUUGCACUAAAGAAAUAGGUGCAGUUCAUAAAACCGGUGUUCUGUGACUAUUAAUUGCAUCCAAUGAGAGGUAGGUAGUUUUUUAUGCCAACUUAUCUGAAAAAUGGCAAUAUUCCAGUAAUAGAUUGCUCUUGCAUUAAUGCUGGAACAUUUGCUCUGAUUUAAUGCAGUGAACAAAUUUCUUGCACCUUUAUUCAAAGGACAUUAGCGGGGAAAGGCUUUAUCAAGCAUUUAUAAGCAGAAGUACACUUGACUCCCAAUGCUUCUAAGUGGCUUUCCCCCCAUCAGCAUGAAACUAUAUUGCUCUCUAUGUGUGUGUUGUGUUUAGAUGUAGCAGAAUAGCCCAGAAUUCCAGAACAAAAAGAUUCUUCUCCCCAGGACUCAGAUAAUAGGAGAGGACAAAAAUGGGUAAUGGGUUUUGUGUGUUGGAGACUUUUUUAGUGGAUUUUGUCCUCAAUUAAGAAUAUUUGUGCCAUAAAUCUUAAUCCUGUACCUUAUAUUGCACAAUCUGGUACAAUAAAGUGUGUACAAUAGAGUACAUGCAUCUUAACACAUCAAUGCAUCUAUAUUCUCAGUGGGUUAAGAGUAAAUCAUUAAGAUCAUAAUCUCAAGUAUGUUUACUUAGGACUCAAAACAGUGCCAUACACUGAUUACUGUGGGGAAUGAGUGUGUCAACCUGCAUCUGGGAACACCUAAACACUGGAUUGUGGAACACUGCAUUGUGGGAAACCGAAAGUGACCAUGGUGUGUCGUACUGCAAUUUGUAAAGGUCUGGUUUCAGCAUCAUAGGAAGCUGCCUUAUCCUGAGAUGUGUAGAGCCUUUGACAAAAUUGCACUUAAGUGGCCUUGUCAUCACUGUGGAGUGUGCAGGCUGCCUUGGUUCUCUAGUGAGCUGCAUGCCGUGAAUCAGGGGGGCUGAUGCCUACAGGUCUGGUGGAGUUAACAUUUGUCCGAACCUGACUUAAUAUAGAGGAGAGAACAUUAUCAUGCCUAUCAUAUGGUGAUGGUUCUCAUCACCCUGGAAUCAGAGUCCUCAUUUUCAAGGGAACGAGGGCAAGGACUCUGAAGCUGAAAGAGAAUGGCAUACAGGGCCAGCCUCAAAAGCGUAUCCCCUGGAUCACCCAUUAGUGCCUGUGCCCUGCUCUGAGAAUGUAGUGUUGGCUUCCACAGAACAUCUGUUUGAAGCCACUGGGAGCUGUCAUUGGAUUUGGAGCAAGGUGACAUCAAUAUGCAGGCGAUGCCCAGCUCAUCUCUCCCUCCCAUCGUAAUCAGGAGAGGUGGUUUGAGUGCUAGAUGGUGCUUGGAAGUGAACCAAAAGGUGAAUUCUCCUAAGACAGGUGUUAGUAUGUUCAGAGUUCUCAGCUCAAGACGUGGGGAAAUGGCCUGUUCUGGGGUUGCACUGUCCUGGAAGGAGCUGGUCCAUAUCUUGGCUGGGUUUCCAUUUAGAACUCCCAUCCUCCUGUUUUUUCAAAAGCAGCUGCUCAGAUUGCUAGUUUGUUUCUGGGCCUAAUUCAAGGUGCUUAAAGCCCCAAAAGACUUUGGCUUGAAUUCAACACCUGGUCCCGCUAGUGGAAGUCCACUCAAGUACUUCAGCUAGCACAAUGGGGCUUUGUCCCUCUCUCUUUCCCAUUGCCUACCCCCCAUUUGGCCCCAUUUGACAUCAGGAGAACCAUCAGAAGAGCACAUGGGGGGAGGAGUGGGGAGAUGGUUCACUUGGGCAAGCAAAAACAAUUGCACUUCUAGACCAAUUGUAACAGCAAAAUGUUGAAUUCCUUCCUUGGGCCUCAAAUAUCUGAAAGACUGCCUCCUUCUCUUCCAUUUCAAGGGAAGGGCAAGCAGAAUAUACUGUAAUUAUUUUUUUUUAAGUAAUUAAGUUUGUCUUACAUACAUUUAAUGUUUCCAAUUUGAGUGCUAUUCAGUCUGCUAUAAUAAUCUGUUGUAUCUUCCUCCCUUCCUGCAUCCCUGCAGCAUGCAAUUGGAGCCAUAUUUUCCCCACUCCAUUAAUCUGCAGCAUUUCCUACAAAUUCAGAUAGUUUGCAUAAUGUGUUCUAUAUUUUCUACUCCGGCAGGGGCAUUGAGUGGACAAGCUUGAGCGGCUUCCUUUCCUUUGCCACAUCGACUCCUAAUAAUCUGGGGCAGGUGAGAAACGAGUUGCAGUUGGUUGAUCUUCCCACAGGUAAAUAUAUUGUGAAGCAUAACUGUUGAUGACAAGAUAGGUGAGAAGUGAUACCUGUGUAAUGUAGGAUUUUUUGCAGGCUCUUAUCAGUUGGCUUCAUCUCCAUUAUAAAGACAGGUGUGGAAUAACUGAGCAAGGUGGCUAACGUAACUAUUUUGAACUCUGAAUUCAAAACAUUUUAGACCAUGAUAGCUCAGCAAGCCCCACACUCAUUUCAUGAAUCAUCUUCAGGGCAUAAAGGAGAAGAAGUGUCUAUGUCAGCAAAGGGUUGAAUACUAUUACAACUGCAUAUAUUUUAGCUUCAACACCAAUUCAUACAGCACUAGGUUAUAAUUCCAGCUAACUCAGUAGUUUUCAUACUUUAUGCAGUCUUGUCCUCAUUCUAAAUUUACUAUAUUUGCUGUAUUUUCAACAUCUCCCAUUGGAGAUAGCCCAUUUCUCUGCAUAACUUGAAGGCAAUGGCCUGUGGCGUAGUGUGACUCUUUCCUUCUACUAGUCUUGAAAUUAUUUUAGUUCACAGUUUGGACAGGGGUUUCCAAUGUCUUCAACUUGGUUUACUAUAUGCAAGUAGUAUAUAUUAAUCUGUACAUGUUUUUAAAUUUGAAUCAGUUGGUUGAAGGAAAUAGGAUUUGUUCAGUUUUCAUCACAAUAAUUAAAAUUGAUAUUUAUGGCAAUAUCUCUUCAGAUAAAGGGAAAAUGUUCCAUGUUUAUGCAAUUUUAAAAAUACUUUGAGCUAUAGCUGGAAGUAUUCAAAAAAUAAAAUCAGUUAUGUACACUCAAUAUAUUCUUAGAUAUUUAGAAAAUGUAGUUUUUGCUGUAAGUUGAGUAAUUAGCCCAACUAAUGAACAUCAUGGCUGAGCUAGAUUGUAUGUUCAAAAAAUAAUGAUUUAGCCACACCACCACACUGGUUUUCAUACUGAUGAUACAAACUUAGCAGCCCUGUGCAAACCCCAUUGAAAUGAAUUGUGAUGGCUGGGACAGUGCCUUCCAUCUUCUUUGUUUUCUUAGCAACUUAGUAGAAUAUGCUUGCUAGUAACAAACUUCAUACUAUAUUGUGAUUACUGCAGCACAUUCAGCAUAUUUCUCAAUUUCAAAAACGUUACCCAGAUGGAUUAUGUUUUUAAAACGUUCAUACUGUUUUAUAACUAUGAGCUAUAAUGAAAGAAUGUUGGUGAGUAAAUGUGAAAAUACUGGAUCAGUUCAUUUUCCUCCACAGGCAAUCUGCUAUUGCUGCUUCCUGUGAUGUUCUCACUAAGUAAAGAAAUCUGCCACUGAUAGGAAAAACAAUUUUAGAAACGGCUAACGAAAUGGAAACGUCCUUUCCAUUUUCUGAAAUAGCUUUCCCACAGUUUUUUAAAUAUACAAUUCUAUACUAUUUAAUAUGGGGUUUGUGCAGAGGUAAGGGCAGCAAAAAUAAGAUUGUAAUGAUUUGGAAAAAUCUGUUCCUAUUCAAGUAAGCAUAUAUUUUGACAUUGUGCUGGUAUCCUUCUAUUAAACAUAGGCUGUGAAUAUAUCCAAUACAGUGGUGCCCCGCAAGACGAAGGCCUCGCAAGACGGAAAACUCGCUAGACGAAAGAGUUUUCCGUUUUGGAGGUGCCUCGCAAAACGAAUCUGCUAUGGGCUUGCUUCGCAAGACGAAAAUGUCUUGCGAGUUCCUGGUUUGUUUUUUCCUUUCCCCCUCUUUUCUAAGUCGCUAAGCCGCUUAUCUGCUUAUCAGAUAAGCUGAUAAGCCGCUAAAAGCCGCUAAAAGCCGCUAAUAGCGCUAAUAGCGCUAAUCCGCUAAUCCCAUCAAUGGGCUUGCUUCGCAAGACGAAAAAACCGCUAGACGAAGAGACUCCCAGAACGGAUUCUUUUCAUCUUGCGAGGCACCACUGUACGUAUUGUCUUGUGUGGGAACCAUGUAGUUGGAAAUGAUCUAACAGAUCGUGUAUCCAGCCUCCAGUAGUACCACAAAUUAUCUUCACCUUAAAUUAUCUUCAAUAGAUGCUCAUCUAAUCCUUACCAUAGGGCUUUAAAAAAAAAUUAAGCACAAACAAACAAAACUAAAAAUAUGCAAAGACUUUAAAGGCACAAUUCUAGGAUCAGUACAGAUAACCACUCCUGCCAACCUAGCAGUUCGAAAGCAUGUCAAAGUGCAAGUAGAUAAAUAGGUACCGCUCCGGCAGGAAGGUAAACGGCAUUUCCGUGUGCUGCUCUGGUUCGCCAGAAGCGGCUUAGUCAUGCUGGCCACAUGACCCAGAAGCUGUACACCGGCUCCCUCGACCAGUAAAGCGAGAUGAGCGCCACAACUGGACCUAAUGGUCAGGGUUCCCUUUACAGAUAACCACAAUUGAUACAGAGGUCAUUAAGAUACCCAAAUUUCUCUCACUUAUGCAAAAAGAUGAGUUCUGAAUCAGAACCAGAAGGAUAUGUAACGAAGUCCCACUAUAUGGCAUUAUAAUAUUCCGGGACUUUUGUGGCAGUGGAAACUUUUAAAUUAUGAGAGGGUUUUCUGAAAUAGCUAUUGUCUCUCUGUUCUUUUACAAGAGUGUGAUGUGCAAGUCAUUUAGGUCUUUCCAUUUUUUUUAAGUUGAAAUAUGAGCUGCUGUCAGUAGCCAGGUUGCUAAAUCCUUCAGGUAUUGAGUACCCACAUGCCCAUUCCAUAAAUUCUGCAAAGCAAGUUCAGAAGACAUUAUAAUAUUGGUUUUACAGAUUUUAGUCCUUUCCUUAUAGCCAUCAGACCUAAAUUUAGAGACCUAUGGACAUUCCCACGAUAAAUAUUAGAAGAUUUAGGUGAGAUUGAUUGAAAAGCAGCAUAGAAAUAUAAUUAUCAAUUAAUCAUUCACAUGAAUCACAAAGCAGCUUACAAGCAAUAAGUAACCAGUUAUACCUUCAGAAAUCCAGUCCUGCCUCCCUGGGGCAUUUGAAGUCUUUUGUAGCUUCCUUAGGAAAUUGCUGCAACUUGCAGUACCUAUUACAAUAGUUUGCACAAAUAAGGCACAUUAGAGACUUCAGGUGUUGUGCUGAUUGUUCUGUUUCUGUAACUUGAAACUGAUUGAGUUAGCACAACAUCAGCGAGAGAUCGUUGGAAAGUCUUAAAUCAAAAAGACUUGGAGAACGGUGGUAAAUUGCAGAUUGAAAUCAGAGUUUUCAUCCUUGUGUAAAGCAGAGGAAAAUUGGGUUUGUAUAAUUGAAUGGCUUGGAGCCAGCAUUAUAGUAAUGCUUCAUGCUCAAUAUCCAUAUUACAAAAUGCUAGCAUAAUGUGUUUGCGGGGCAGCAGAGACUCUACGUGCAGUUGAGUGCUGAGAAGAAAAAGCAAGAUGAUCAGUGUGAUUAAAUAAAUAGCAUUUGAUAUGUCAAUUACAGUGGCUUUGCUUGUGGUUGCUACUUUACAUCUUUUUUCCUGUAUCUCUUGCGUCUUAGGUAGAAGCAUUGCAUUUCGUGGCGAACGAGGCAGUGAUGAACCAGCCAUUGAAAUGAUAAAGGUGUCUCACUUGAAGUAAGCAGAUUGGCCAGGAAAAGUUUAUGUGUUCCCCUGCAUUGAAUUGUGCUAGAAUAAUCCAGUACCUACAGUGCAUUUCUUUCUGUAGGAGGAAGGCAGUUAAAGAAACGUUAUUGAAAUAUUGAGCAAACAAAUCCAAAUGUACUGAUGAAGAACUUGGUUGUGUGCCACUCAAAUACAUUAGGCUUUUCUUCAGUGCUAUGCUUAUGAACUAGGACAGGGAGUUAUUGCUGUAAUAUUAUACCAAUCUUCCCACUUUUCCAUUUCUCCCAGAAGCAGUUCAGACAUUAUUUCGAGUUGCUUCCUGCACUGGUAGCAAGCUAGUAUCUCCUUUCAAGGGGGAAGAUCUGAAACCAGGAAGAUCAAGUAUUUUCUAAAGACUGGAGUAAAUUUGUAAACAGUUAAAGUCUUUGGCAGGGAUGUAAUGACACUUGUAAUGCGGAAUUAUUUAUGGUAAUUAUGGUUAUAUAAUAGAUGGGUAAUGGUAGAAGAUGCAGUAAAUUUAAAUAUAAAUAUUGAACCCAUGGAGGGAGGGAAGGAGAUCUGAAGGUUCGAAAGAACCUUGUAUUUUAAUGUUUGAAAUGGUUUUGUUUUAUGUGUAUAAAAUUGUCAAAAACUCAAUUAAAAAGUUAUAUAUAGAGAAAAGUAUCUCCUUUCAAGGUUGGAAUUAAAUAUUACAGCCUAUUCAAUCACCCCCUGUCUCUUCCUCCUCUUUCCAUUAAACAUAGGCAAUUUUUGGAAACGUUGACAUCCUGAAAAAUGUUUUGUUUUGUUUUUUAACCAAGCAGGGAGGGAUCAACGCUUGUUGCAGCAACCAUGCUUUGUGCAGCUCCCAUUCAGUUCAAUAGUACUUCUAGCUACUGGGAAAUUCUCUUAUGUAUGUAUAAUGCUGUAAAUAGCUUCUUUUUAAAAUUUCAGACAGUAUUUGGCAGUAGUAUUUAAAGACAAACCUCUGGAAUUAUGGGAUAUCAGGACUUGUACUCUUCUCAGAGAAAUGUCAAAGAACUUCCCUACAAUUACUGCUUUGGUAAGGAAUGAAUUCAGUCAGCUUCUCAUCAGAUAACUAAUUCUUACAUACCUUCUUGCUUUCAGAAUGGUGUCUGUCCACUAGUCUUAGAAACCUUUCACCCUAGGUGGUUGGAGUAGAUGACUCUAUAGGUUUCUCCCAACUCUACAAUUCUGUGAUUCUCCCAAUGUAAACAGCCAGUAAGGAAAUGGGACUUGACUUGCAUAUUGUUAUCUUUCAUAGCAUUUUUAAAAAUCACUCUCAUGCAUGUAACCGUGAAUCUAAUUUAGGGUUGGUAAAUAAUACCUUAAGAUGUGAACAGUCAUGACUUCUGUUCUUCCAGGAAUGGUCGCCUUCUCACAACUUGAAGAGCUUAAGAAAAAAGCAGCUUGCAGCCCGCGAAGCUAUGGCCCGGCAAACAGUGGUAUCAGAUACAGAACAGAGCAGUUUGGAGUCAUCGGUGAUCAGGUGUCAACACUAUUCUCAGUGAAAAAUCACACCAGCUUCUCCUUUGAGUAUUUGUUUUCCUGCCAAGAAUGCAUUGCAUUAGCACUGCAUUUUGGAUUUACAGACCUUUAUUGAUGUUGUAAUUUAAAUAGGCUGACCUUUAAGAAUCUUUGUACAGUGAAAGUAACAGUAGGUGGCAAAGCAUGUGUCAGAAUCUGAUGCCCUGCAUUACUGUAGCAUGUAAAGUGAAGCCCUGUAUAUGUGAGAGACAUUAUAUGAAUAGAUCAGCUUCACUUUAAUUUGUUGGUUUAAUCAUGGGCCUCUAGACCAUGCCCUGGAACUAGGGACCAGAAACCGAAGGCGGUUGUUUCUUGCCUCCUUUAAGCUAAUUGUGUUUGAUGCUUUAUGUUGCUUUCAUUAAUAGACUACUUAGGGUGGAAUUCAACAUUGCCCUAAGUUGAUAAUUCUGUCUGGCAAACAGAAGUGCGUGCGCUGAUUGAACUAUUUCCUCUCCCCCAAAUUCACUGUUUUGGGGGUUCACUUGACCUUCCAGAGCAAUAUUUGGGGAUGGCAUGCAAGCAAGGGGAGGGGGGCAAGGUCCUGUUGCACUACUAGGACUUCUUGUGCUGGAUUCUGUUUGUGCUGCUUAUAAUUGCAAUGUUUGAAUUAAGAUACAGCUUUUUUCUAAUUACAUAAUACAUAUACGUACAGUAUGUGUUCAUUUAAUAGUGUAAGUGUAAUUUGAGUGAAUCUGAUCGUUUUGAAAAUAAAAAUCAGCAGUUGGCUUCUCUUUCAAAGCUUAUUGCAGGAAGCUGAGAGUAAAUCGGAGCUGAGCCAGAACAUUUCUGCUCGGGAACACUUCGUGUUUACAGAUACUGAUGGACAAGUUUAUCAUUUGACAGUAGAAGGGAAUUCUGUCAAAGACAGUGCAAGAAUUCCUCCUGAUGUAAGUUCAGUGCUAUAUUUCUAACUUUUUAUUCCUUUUAUAGAUUUUUACAAAACAGCUUCCAACAACAUGCAACAAAAAGUACCAAUUCUUUUUUCCCCUUUCUUUUUUUAAAUAGUAAAUUUUAUUAGUAUUUUCCACACAACAAAAAACGAAAAAUGAAAAAUAACAAUACACAAAAACAUACAUAUGAAAAACAAAUCCAAAUCUUACAAAUCGAUAGUAUAAACACUAAAAAAGAAAACAAACAUUGACUUCCACCAAUCCCACAGCACCUCCUUUACCUCUCUUCCUGUUUUCCUUAUCAUCUCGAUCCUAGCAUCUAAAUAUAUAUCCCUCUUUCUUAUCCUUUCACUUCACAAGUUUAUUCCAGACUCAGCCAGACUUCUGUCUUCGAACCUUGUCUUUUAAGGUAUUCAUUUAGGCACUCCCAUUCCUUUUUCACAACACUUUUUGGUUUUUGUCUUAUUAUAUCUGUCAGUUUGGCUAACUCUAAGUAUUCUGAAAGCUUACAUAACCAUGCUCCCCUAGUGGGUAACUGAUUCCCUUUCCAAUACUUAGCCACCAGAAUUCUUGCUGCAGACGUUGCGUAUAAGAAAAAUUUAGUUUUAUCUUUUGGGACAUCGUCGUUUAAUAUUCAUAAAAGGAAUGCCUCUGGCCUUUUACUGUAUGAUAUUCUUAGUAUUUUCUUUAUUUCUUCAUGGAUCAUGCUUCAAAAUUUCCCAAUUUUAGAACUAAGGGUCAUGCUUAGUAUCACCGGAAAGAACACUGAAGAAUAUAACAACUAUUCUUGAGGCAAACAUUGUUAGUUUGACCCAACGACUCCAGUAGCCGUGUAAUGACUCUGGUAUGCACGAGGAACUCCAUGCCAGUAGGAUUUGGAAUCUAUUACCUCUGGCAGCAGAACUAAGAAUACAAAAUCUUCUGCUAUGCUGUCCCAGUGUCUCCAGUAGGAUUACUUGUUAAAAACACUUCAGAAUCUGCUUUCUUCCUUUGCCUUCAGAUUAGUAGCAUGCCUAAACAUACACUCUUUAAGUCAUAGUUAUGCAUAUGAAAUGCUGACCUCCUGUGGCCACAUAAACAACUUUUCAUUGCUGAAAUGUUCUAAAUUAUAGCCCUUGGCUACGUCCCUGAAGCUACUCACAUUUGACAAAUUCCAUCAACCUUUACCAUCUCUACAUGAUUUGCAGCUUCACUGUCAGUUCUUAAAUAUUUUCAAACAGAAUAUUUAUUUUUCUGGUUCUUUGCUUUCAAAUCCAAGUAACAAAAGGAGCUUCUAAAUUAACCCCAGAGGCUAGUUUCCUGCCUUACUGCCCAUUUAUUAUUUGACCACUAAACAAUUGUAAAUCUGACAUCAAGAACCCCAUUUGUCUUCUAAAGUGCCUGGAUUUUUCUAAGCAAGACAUGAAGUCAUCCUUGCAGUAGCACACCAUGUGUAAUUUUGCCUCCAGGCGUUUGUAGGCUAAAUGAUUGUUUGGCUUCCAAAUGCCAUCAUGUCACAGUAAAACUGAUCCCCCUCUUUCAGGGGAGAUGAAUCGUGCCACAAAAGAGGACAUUCUUGGCCCAGCUCAACAUUUCACUCUGAAAGUCUUCAUUUGUUCUUUUUCAUUGCUUUAAAGCUUUACAAAUCUUUUAGAGAUGCUUUUCUCAUGCCUCCUUUAUAUAGGUCAGCAAUCAAGAUAUUUUAAAAAUCCUUCUGUUCAAACUGUCAGGGUGUCUGUUUUCAGAUAAUGUGACAGCUAUCACAAAGAGUGAGCUGCUGUUAUAAAUCCAGCCUCCGAUGGCUUUAGAAAUAUGUCAGAUUAUGGACUGGGGAGAUGAAGAAUAAUAAUGGCAAAAGUCCUGUAUUUUGUGGGGUUUUUUCUUUGGGGUUUAGUAGAAAAUUAUCUGUUACAAAUACAGAUGUAAUAUAUAAAUGUCGAAGCUACUUCAACAACCUUUUAUGUGAAUGUCAUUGGUAAAGGGAGGGGGUUAUUCAAGUGAUAAAUAACCUAGUUUACAUUCUGUAUGGAUAAUGGUUUGUGUCUGUGCAGAGGCAUACAUAUAAUUAGAGAGCAUACAUGUUCUGCUAUUUUCAAAUCACUUAACAUCAGUGGAUUCUUAAGUGCAUUUACUUGAUUGUGUGUAGAUACGUCUUCAUUUUUGUAUUAUGUGCAGUAUAGUGCUAAACAAAUAAAUAAAUUGGGGUUCACGAGUAGUUUAAGGGUCAGAACCUGGCUCUCUGUUUUUCAUCUCCGAGCUACAUUAUAAAAUAGUUCAUCUAAGCAAGUAGCUUUGUCAGGGAGGACCUUUUAUUCAGUUAUAGGAUUAAAAGAAAAGGUAACUGAGGUUGACUGCAUAUUCGACCUUGGCUUCUCUCUUCCCUAAAGCAAACAUACAGUUGCUACCCAUUGAUCCUUUUAUUGACAUUUGUGCUUUAGCAUUUGAAAGCUUUCAUUUUCAAACCAAGGAGGAAAAGAACCACAACUCUACAGUGUAGCACAUAUAUUCCCGAGCUUUCAAAAUACAAUAUUAAAAAAAUAAGAUUCUGGCCUCAAAACUAUAUUAAUGUUGUUUUUAGUGGCCUCUCUUGUAUCAACAAUGGAAGAAUUUGACUUACUCUUUUUUGGUAUGAGGUCAAAAUACUCUGCAUGAGUUGGCACAACAUCACAAAGUCUAGAAAUUAACCACAUAGUUGAUAAUAAAAAGCAAGUACAAGUUUGCAUAUUAUGGCUUAGAUCCUAAAGCAAAUUUGUUUAAGAAAGUUCACAGAAGAAAAGUUUUCCAUCCCUUGCAGCCACCUGCAUGCUACUCCCACAAGCCUCUUCAGACAGUUGUGCAACCCUUACGAUCAAUGUGAGUGGAGUUCGGGGCAGUUUGGAAUGAUUCCCACAUCCCCCAGCAUCCAUGCUGGAUUUCACAAUGAUCAGAAGAGCCUUCUCACCCUCCGAAGAGGCUUUGCAACAGAGAGCAGGAAGAGUCUGCAGAAGAGACUUUCCUUCCAUGAACUUUCUUAAGCUCACUUAAUUUGGAAUGCAAGCCCGGUUUAACUGUUUUACAAAUGAUUGAUUGGUUUAUACUGCCACUUAUGCCUAUUUUGUGUAGUUUCUGUUUCACAGCUUUAAUCUCUGCUUUUUAAAACUUUGCAGGGAAGCAUGGGCAGCAUAACAUGCAUCGCGUGGAAAGGAGAUAUCUUGGUCCUGGGAGAUGUUGAUGGAAAUUUGAACUUUUGGGACUUAAAAGCCAGAGUAUCCAGGUAGUGAUCUGUUAAACAACAACUACAAAACAAACCCCUCCAAUGAAGCCUAAUUCGCACAUGACUCAAGUGAUUGCCCCCCAAAAAGUCAGAGAUUGAGGUGUGGAAAGUCAUUUUCUGUGAAUCAAUAAUCCCGUCAUGAGAAGCUGCCCAGGAAAGCUCCUCUACACAUAUACCUCCAGAAUCUUCCUGACAUUUCUAGAAAAUGCCCAAACCACAUGGGUUAUGUUUCACAAAAAUGGCUAACCAUGCACACACGUAGGAGUUCAGUGCUGUAUUUACUUUUGCUGGCAACUACUCUACCAAGUAAUAGAGAAAGUGGAUCUAAUUCAUAGCAUGUGUUUGAAAUAAGUCUAAAUUUUGCCACAAAACCAGGUCAGACCCAAGUUGUCUAUGAGCACACUAGCCGUACAGCUUUCUUUUUACAAAAUACGGGUCCAGAAGGAUUGCCACACAAAUACUGGGAUUGUGUACGUAAUAAGCUGACAUGAUGCUGUUGCUAUAGUGAUGCUUCCUGAGGCGGUUUUGGGGUGGCACAACCAGUGUGGCAGCACAGGGUGUGGGCUGCAGGGACCCCCGCAACAAUACUGCAGAACGGAACGAGAGAGGUUGUGGGGGGGGAUGCGCCAAAUUUUAGCAUCACCCACGGUGCUGCUGAAAUUUAAGAGCCCAAAGCCCACCACUGAUGCUUCACUCGUUUGCUAUGUAUUUAAUCAAAAUAAGAGUAAUUGUAGAGGGGCGAAGUGGUGGUUUAGAUGACAAGUUCUCCUUAUGAUUCCAUUUAGAUGGAAUACUUCCAUUUAGAUGGUCUCUGAAGUUUAGUUCUUCAGUCUGUCCUUAAGGUAAACUCAAGGGGGAAAUGUACUAUUUGUGUCCUACCUUUUCCUUUCCAGAGGCAUCCCCACACACCGCGGCUGGGUGAGGAAGAUACGCUUCGCCCCUGGAAAAGGAAACCAAAAGCUAAUAGCAAUGUACAAUGAUGGAGCUGAAGUUUGGGACACAAAGGAGGUCAGUACCAAUUUUGCUUUACUUGUCUGAAUUGGUUCUAAACUGCAAGCUUAAAAUGAUGCUUACUGGUGUCACAAAGGAGAUUUAAUUUUUCUUGGUUCUUUCAAACUGCUACCAGCUGCUUAGUUGGUUUUGCCUAGAUUUUUCAGCCAUUAAAGUGUUGCUAAACUAAUUGGGUGAAAUCCAACAUCAGUCAUACUCUAAGCAGAGCCACUGAAAUCAAUGGACUUGGGUAAUUGUUUUAUUGUGUUUAUUAUUUAUCACAGAUGCAUUUGCUGCCCUGGGCUCCUUUGUGAAAAAGUGUGGGAUAUAUAUUUACUUGAAUAAAUCAGUCCAUCAAUUUCAGUGUAUUUAAUUUGUCUGAUUUUCAGACCAAAGGUUCUUGGAAGUUAAAUACAUUCCACGUAGAAAUACAAACAAGCAUGACAACAACCGUUAUUGAAUGAUGGCUUGUCCUUGUUUUUUCAAUACUAGAGUUUUGCUUAACAGGCAUUGUGCCCUGAUCAGACACAUCACUACCAUCUUGACUAGAUUUAAUUGAAUAGAGAAGCUUCAAAUUCAACCACAAGGGUGGAAGGGAGAACCAAGUAUUACUAAUUACAGUUGAAUGUAUGUGUGGUGUUAAAUUUAAUUUUUUUAGAUGUUUAUAAAACAAAAGGAACCCAGAAAUAUUUGCAGUAAGGACUGACAGUAGUAAAGUGGAAAAUAUUUAAAGCACUUAUGAAAUAUUCACAUUUUGUAGACUGUCACAGUAAUGCUGCCACAUAUUAGCUGCUAGGCUUUUACAUUUUAAUUUUUGUUUUAUAUAAUUGACUCUAAAGGACAGCCUUUCUCCCUUGCCUGAUUAAAUUACUGAGAAUCAUGGAAACAAAACAUAAUUUCACUGUGUCUGUACAUGGAAAGGGAGACCACUUCGUCUUCUAAAGCUAAAAUAUGUUGCAUUUUUUUCAGGUACAGAUGGUGAACAGCUUAAGAACUGGAAGAAAUGUCAAUUUUAGAGUACUUGAUGUUGACUGGUGUACCUCUGACAAAGUGAUCUUGGCAUCAGAUGAUGGCUGCAUCAGAGUGCUAGAGAUGACAAUGAAAUCAGCAUGUUUUAGAAUGGAUGAGCAAGAAUUAACAGGUAUGGAGAAAGGCCAAGCAAAUGCAGCCCAAUGCUUUAUUAGAUUGCAUUCAUUUGGCACAUGAAGUGAUCGACAGAGGAGUGUUCCCUGUUCAAAUAGCCAGAGGAUGAGAUAGAUGCAUAUAUUUUUUUACCAGGAUUAUGGAGUCAGAAGAACUGAAAUGUUCUUGACUUCAGGCAGGAAGCUACCACUAGCAGUUUUCCUGCCAGUGGUAGCGGCAAAGGCUCUAAAACUGAGUGUUCACAAUAAUAUUAAUGUUACAAUAUAUCUGCCUUAAAUGAUUACUGUACUUUAUAACAGCACUUCAGAAUGAAAUGAAGAAUGUUUCUUUGUUGACUAUGUAUUCUACCUUUUAAAAUUAUUAUUAAAAAAUAAUUGGCCCAUUCUGAGGUCCUUUCUCUGGUUUACUAUCGAAAAGGCCAGAAUCCCGCCAGCGUGUGCUUUGAAAUCUAUCUGAUUUACUUGUUUAGACAUUGCACUGUACAAGAGUUUAAUCAUUGUACUUUGGCAAUCACCGUAUUUUUCGUCCUAUAGGGCGCACCGGCCCAUAGGACGCACCUCGGUUUUUUGGGGGGGGGAAUGAAUAAAAAAAAAAUUAUUUCCCCCCCCAGCCGCGGCUGCCGCCCCAAGCCUUGCGGACACCCGCCCAAAGCACGGGGAGCGCUCCAGAGGGCUCCCCGUGCUUCGGGCUGCAGGCUGCCGCCCCAAGCCUCGCGUGCCCAGCGGGACCUCCCGCCGGGUGCGCAAGGCUUGCAGACACCCGCCCGAAACACGGGGAGCCCUCCGGAGGGCUCCCCAUGCUUCGGGCUGCAGGCUGCCUCCCCAAGCCUCGCGCGCCCGGCGGGACCUCCUGCCGGGCGCGCAAGGCUUGCGGAUACCCAUCCAAUGCACGGGGAACCCUCCAAAUGUGUAUGCAAGUUCCAUGUUUAAAAUAAAUUGCCAUCUUCUAUUCAGCAGAUUCAAGAGGUAUUUCAGUCCAUAUUUUUUGAAAAAUUAUACUUCUUGAGUAUGUGUUGGAGUACAUCAGUAAUUCUCUUUGCAGUGUAAAAUAAUGAUGCUUCCUGCUCCCUGCUAUUUUAUUAAUCUGCCAGUGCGAUUUUUAAUAAUAAUAAUAUCUAUUACUAUUCACGGUCUUGCAUUUUGAGUCAGAUUUAGAUUUUCUGUUGUAUAUUUACUAUCAGAUAUCCCCUGGAAACACAGACAAUUCUGUGACAUAGCUUGUGCUGUUUUUCCCCUCUGUGCUCCUGCCUUUUCAUGAGCCACUUUAUAAUUCCUCUAGUGCUAUCUAACUAUAAGUAUCCACUUGGUUGUUUUUUUUAUCAUCACUGCUCAGAUCUUUAUUUAAAUUGUGGUUAAUGCCCUAGAACCAGAGCAGCAGAACUAUAUGAUUCCAAGGAAAAAUUACACUUUGGAGCUCUUAUGUACUACUGAGAAAUAAUCUGCCUAAAAUCUGUGCUGGACUUUCUUAAGCCAUGCCCCUAAACUAUGCAUUUACUUCUUUAACAAAAAUUUGAUGGAGGAGAUCCAAACCAGUUACCUUUUCAGAUCAGUUUUUGAAACCCAGACUGCAGUAUGCCUGCAAGCCAAAUAUUUCCGGUGAAGCUAAGCACUGACAACCGCGAACAAAAGAGAAAACCAGUCUCCUAACCCUUGGUCAUGAUUCCCAGGGUAUGCACUCAAAAUCACACCCGUCCAUAUUACGGUCUGUGCAAUCGCAACAAUUCUAUUGACUGCAGUUCUUUCUGGAACACUGUAAUGAAAACAAGCCUUCUCAUACUCCAUUGCAGAUGCACUGUAAGCAAACACAGAUCCCAAGUUCUUUAAUAUCAGAUUGACUAACAACAGAUUUUCUUUCUUUUUUCUCCCUUUUUUUGGUUCUAGAACCUGUGUGGUGCCCAUAUCUACUUGUUCCAAGAGCUUCCUUAGCAUUGAAAGCAUUUUUGCUACACCAACCGUGGAACAAUAAAUACUCUCUUGAUAUUUCACAUAUGUAAGUCUAAUAUAUAUUAUUAUAUUGAAACGCCUGCUUUUUAUAAAAUGGCAACGUGCCCACUAACUGUUUAGGGGUAUGUGGGUGGGUAAUAAAACCCAACUAUUUUCCAUUUAAAUACUUGAAUUUUACCCAUCUAGAAGUGAUAGUUAAUCAUCAUUUUACUGUAUCCAUCCAUGGGCAAAGUAUAUUCUCUCCUGUUCAUGCAGUCCUGACUUGAAAUGUAGAAAAGUGCCCAGAGUGACUCUGGGACAUCUUGUCAGCAUCUAAACACUGAUCCAGACCUGAGAGAAACCCACUUAUUUCAACUUCGAUUGCUCUUGAUUAUUUUUGAUUUGAUUAUUUAAUUUCUAUACCGCUUAAUAUAUUUUAAUAUAUCUAAGUAGUAUACAAAACACUGAAGAAACAACAGACAACUUAAACAAAAUAUUACAAAAAUCCAUGGUUCCAUAUAAACAUGUUACAUUAAUACAAAGUAGUAUAUAUAAAUCAAUAUCAAUUCAUUUUCCUUCUGACACACCCUCCCUCUGCGUUCUCACCCAGCAUCCAAACAAACUUGGUGCAUACAGAAAAGUUUCACAACGAGAGGAGUUCCUAGAAACAGCAGACAGCACUCUAGUUUCUCACUCUAGACUUGCUUUUCCCCCCCUUUGGCUCUUCUGAACUCUGAGCACAGCCAUGCUCUUCAUCAGAUUGGGAUGUUUCAUCUGAGACUCUAGAUAUUUGUCUAUUAAAUCAAAUGUUUGCUUUGCAGAAAUUAUCCAGAGAAUGAAAACGUUAAAAAUCUGCUACAGGAACAGUUGCACUCACUGUCAAAGUAAGCAUAUUUCAGUUUGUGUUAUGCUACUAAAAUGCAUUAACAUUGUUUUCUUUUGAGUUCUCCUCUGUUUAUCCCCAAUAUGAAUCUUGAGAGAUAUUAAUGUGGCAGUAAUCUUUAAGUUCAUAUUUCUUAUCAGAUCUAGUCACACUGUUAACUUCAAACCUAUAUAGACUGAAAUCCUAUACAUGCUAGCCUCAGAAUAACUACCAUUCAAUUUAAUGGAGUUUCUUCUGAGUAGUGUGUAAGACUGCAUGGCAGACAAGGAAGCUUUUAGAACAGUUUUAUAUUUUUACUUCUUUGUUAGUACCGCUACUGGCAGUCAUAUUGAUCUGGAAGCCAAAUUAAUGUUAGGGAUUAACAAAAUAGUUUAGUGUGAUGCAGAAUCCGUGCUGGCACAUACUACAUGUACUUAAAUACAGUUUUAAUCCAUGACUCAGCUUUAUCAUGUCCAAAAUUUGCCAUACGUUUCAAGCUUACUUUUCCUUUAAAAAUCCACAGCAUCCCCUUAAUAAUAAAUGUUUCAGCAAAAUACUGGAGGGGCUAUGGGAACAUAUUUUCAUAUAUGCCAAGAAUAUAGUACCAUUAAUGGGUUCUGGAGGCAAACCAUUGAUGAAAUUAUGCCCUAGAAUUUUGUACUUGUUGCUAAAUCAGCAAUGUAAUGUCUUUUUAGACAGCCAUCUUUUUGUCUUGCUAGCAGCAAUACUAGAAAUAGCAUACCAGCAGGAGAAUCUCAUUGGGAUUCUAGUGCAGUAAAACACUGAUAUUGACAAGCAUACAAAACAGCUCCAUGCUUCUAAUUGAAUGGCUAUGAAUCACCAAUUAAAGAGUACAAAUUAUCUGAUUUGUAAAUGAGUCAUUGGUUGAAUGGUUUUGUAAAAGAUGGAUGUCAUUUUGUAUAAAUAACUUAAAUCCUGUAAUAGUGAUAUACUGACUCUAUAUGAACACAGGAAGCUGCCUUAUACAGAGUCAGACUAUACAGAGUCAGACUAUCUGUCCCCCUAGUUCCAUAUUGUCUACACUGACUGGCAGUAGCUCUCCAGGAUUUCAAACAGGAGUUUUUUCCAAUCCUACCUAGAGAUGCCAGGGAUUGAACCUGGGACUUUUUGCAUACAAAGCUCCCUGUCAAGUUUCAGUGGUUAUAAUUUGUAUGUUAACCUUUUUAUAAAAAUGUGUGGAAAAUGGUUUCCUUUUAAGUAAAAACAACAACCACCUGCAGUAUCUAGGUUGAUGCACAUAAUGUGUCUGAAUGUGUUUCAUAGCAAGAUACAAAACUAUAAACUAUAAAUUAUCUUUUCUUAGUGACAUCAGGAAACUUUUGCUCGAUCCAGAGUUCACCCUCUUGCAGCGAUGUCUAUUGGUUUCAAGGUAACAGAGAACUUAAGUCAAACGCAUAAUCCCUGUUUUGCAGUAAUUUGUCUGUAGUCCUUAGCCUGGUGAUCGGUAUUUUUGUUUAAAACCAAUAGGGCUAUUAGAGCAUGCUUUCUGUAACAGAAUCAGCAUCCCUGUAUAAAUGAUAGGUGCAAAGGGGUAUGUUACUAAUAAAAAAAAUCAUUUGAAGUUCUGUAUUUGAUGGUGUUAUCUAUAAAGUUGUGUACAGUAAAAGCCUUUCAGUCUUUAACUACCUGUCAAAUCACAUUUAAUCCUUUUUGUGCGACUGCAUAUAUUUACUUGUGCAAGAUACAUCGUCUGGAAAGCAUACAUCAAUUGGGACUUGCCAUGUCAGAAUGCUGGUAUGAGAUUGUGUGGCUGAAUGUUCUUGCCUGUAGAAAACCAGCAUGUUAAUUUAAUUUUCUGUACAUGUGGGGAAAUAGUAGAAAGGACCAUCUGCAGUAGCCAAAGGAGGCUUGCCCAUUCAAGCUAAUAGGGCACUGCUCCACCUGCCCACCUUCCUAUAUACAACCAGUCCAGGGAGAAUCACUGCAUGGUGUUGUCCUUCUGGAACUCAGCAGGGAGGAAGUUGGAGGCAAGUAGAAUUAGUUGGCUCCACCUGUCAUUGGUUCUGGCUCUACUUACUGAUAGACUCACUGUCUUCUGCCCUACUAGCUCCAGCGGUCACCAGCCACCAGUGGUAGCAUCAUAAUCCCAAGUGGGCUAUAUUGCUGCUCUUUGUCAUUACAUAGCAAUAAGCAUAAGAAGAGCACUGCUAGAUCAGACCAAAGUUAUAUCCAGUCCAUCAUCCUGUUCUCACAGUGGCCAAUUAGAUGCCUAUGGGAAGUCCACAAGCAGGACAUGAGUGCAAAAGUACCCUCCCCACUUCAGAUCCCUAGCAGUUGGUAUUUAGAGGCAUAAUCCCUUCGAUACUGACUACAGCUAUCCUGAUUAGAAGACACUGAUAGUCAUAUUUUCCCUGAAUUUGCCUAAUCUCUUUUUAAAGCUGUCCAAGUUAGUGGUCAUUGCUUCUAUGAUAUGCAGUAAAUUUUACAGCUUGGAUAUGCACUGUGUGAUGAAGUGCAACCUUUUGUUUGUCCUGAAUCUUCCAACAUUCAGUUUCAUUGUAUGAGCCUUGGAUAGGAAGGAAAACCUCUGUCUGCUUCUCUAUACCAUGAUUUAUUUUGUACAUCUUUUACAUGUUAUUUAUCAUUCUCAACUAAAAAUUGCCACCGUUGUAACGUUUCCUCAUGGGGAAGAUUGUACAGUGCAGAACCAUGUGGUGUAGCGGUUAAAGUAUUGGACUAGUAUCUGGGAGACCAGGUUUCAAAUCCCCAUUCAAGCCAUGAAGCUCACCUUGGAGCAGUCAUCACUCUCAGCCUAACCUACCUCCCAAGGCUGUGAGGAUAAAAUGGAGAGAAGUAUGUACUCCGCCUUGAGUUACUUGGAGGAAAAUGGGUUAUAUAGAUGAUAAAUAAAUUGCCUAUUUUCUGCAUUACUUCUUUGUGUUGCUGAUGGUGAAUUUAAUGGCAGCUGUUUUAUUUUGCCAGGCUGUAUGGAGAUGAAUCUGAACUGCAUUUCUGGACUGCUGCUGCCCAUUAUUUGCAUACUUUUUCCCGAGGGAAACCAUUAACUGUAAAAGCUGAAGACACACUGAUUCCUCAAGGAAAAUGGAUCAGUCCACUAGAUAUAUGUUAUGAUAUACUGUGUGAAAAUUCCUAUUUCCAGGUAUUGCAAGAUUCUAAGUCAGAUCUUUUUGACAUAAAGGCUUUUCUCCUUUUCAGAGCUUUUAUAUUUAAGAGCAUGUCUAAUUGUUUUUGUUAUUCGUGCACUAAAAUAUUUAAUUAUGUGUUUUUUAAAAAGCAAUUAUACUGCUUGGUUAUAAUAAAAUCUCUAAGUGGUUUACAAGGAAUGUAAAUAGAUGUACAGCACGGUUCAAUGUUUGUUGAAUUUAGAGAACAUUGGUCACUGAUCACAGUAGAAAUAGUAUUUAUUUUUUAUUUUGCAUUUAUAGCUACAUUGCCCCAUACAUAGCCUGUGGCCUGAUUUAUACCAAUUCUGCUCUAAAGACUAGGUGAAUUACUAUCAAGAGGUUCACUGGUCUUGAUUGUGAAUUUGAGGAGCUUUCAGAAACAGUGGAGUUAACUCAAAUAUUCCUGUCUCCUAUUGUACAAAUGGGCUAAAGUUCCAAUAACUUAACUUCAAUGUCAGGCAAACCCACAGCCUAUUGUCAAUUAUAGACCCAAAGUGAUGCAACCUAAAUACCUGGAUUCAUUAGUGGUGUAGUCUCAUAUGUCUUGUUUUCUGAAAAAUCAUUCUCAGUUUCUUAAUCACUUGAUUAUUUGCAGAAAUUCCAGCUUGAAAGGGUCAAUCUCCAAGAAGUUAAGAGAUCAAAUUACGACCACACCAAAAAAUGCACUGACCAGCUGCUGCUUUUGGGCCAGGUUUGUGGCACCUAGUUUAGCCUUUCUACAGUUGUUCAGUUUAUUAGCAGGCUAGGAAUAAAUGAGUGAAACAUUGACAUUAGGCAUUGCUACAAUGUAGUUUUUGUUUUCUUAAAAAAAAAAGUUCUCAUACUUGUGUGGUGGGUUAGGUAUUUCUGAAUGUAAAAGAACCAUUGAAAGCUGCAUAAUGUUUUGUUUUUCCUCUUUCCUAGACUGACAGAGCUGUGCAGUUGCUUCUGGAGACAAGUGCCGAGAAUCCCUAUUACUACUGUGAUUCCUUAAAGGCAUGUCUGGUCACAACAGUCACUUCCUCAGGUCCUUCCCAAAGUACUAUUAAAUUGGUAGCGACCAACAUGAUUGCAAAUGGAAAGCUGGCAGGUGAACUGUUCGUUCUGUUUCUUGAGCCCAAAAUAAUUCCUGAACUGACUUAGGGGUCAUGGGGGGAGAGGAGAAGGAGGGCAAGUUCCUUUGUGUAGCCAAAAGCAGCACUUAGUUGGAUACCACUCCCAGUUUUGAGUGCCGCUAGACACUUGCAAAAUUGCCUGCACCAUAUUUAGCUAGGAUAAAGUUCAGCUGAUUUUAUUCUGUGCAGGGACUGCCUUCAUAGAUAAAAACAGACGUAUCUAUACUUUUUUGUGCUAAUGAAGCAUUAAAAGAAGGGGGAUAAUAGAGUUAGGAAAUCAGCCCUGAGUGCUUACUGGAAGGACAGAUCCUGAAGCUGAGCCUCCAAUACUUUGGCCACCUCAUGAGAAGAGAAGACUCCCUAAAAAGAUCCUGAUGUUCAGAAAGAUUGAGGGCACAAGGAUAAGGGGACAACAGGGGAUGAGAUGGUUGGACAGUGUUCUUGAAGCUACCAGCAUGAGUUUGACCAAACUGCGGGAGGCAGUGGAAGACAGGAGUGCCUGGCGUGUUCUGGUCCAUGGGGUCACAAAGAGUCGGGCACGACUAAACAACAACAAUAGAGUUAGGUGCAAACACGGCACUGCAACUAAAUGGUUUCUUUGAGCUCUUAGAAAGUUUACUUGGGCUCUUUUAAGUGUCUUUCUACAGGAUAGAAGUAAAUGUUUGUAAGUAAUGGAAUUUGGGUCAGAGGAUAAUUGGGCUGCUUGCACUCUCUAGGUAGAAAUACUCACAAUCUCUUUGAAAUUCUCCAUGUUUUUAAAUUGUGUUUUGUUAAGCUCAGACAACUUCUUUUUCAGAGGGGGUCCAGUUACUGUGUUUAAUAGAUAAAGCUGCUGAUGCCUGUCGUUACCUGCAGACCUACGGUGAAUGGAAUCGAGCAGCAUGGCUUGCAAAAGUAGGCCGUUUUUCCUCAGUCUAUCCUGUAUGAGUUGCUCCUUGCUAAUAAAUGUUAAAGCUGGCACACUCUUAGUUCACUCAGAGGAAUGUGAGGGAUUGUCAGCUUCAGUGUUUUUAACUCUUGGAGGAGGUAAAUUUCACGCAUGCACAUUUUGAGGACAGCCUGUUCAGGAAACAUCACACUUAAGAUUGUUCAGGUUUAACGAUACACAUCAAAGAGAGUAUUGCAGACUUCUGAAUAGAAGCAACCAACAUUGGGAUGGCGGGGGGAGGCUGUUAGCCAAUUCCAAGGGAGAAGAGUUGUUUAACCAGAAUCAUUGCCUUUGGAAUUGAGCUGCCUAUGACAGCUGACGAGUUGUUUUCCCUCAUAAUACUGCCAGGUAAGUCUUGCCCAUGUCUCCUGAUUGGAAACUCAUAGAUCUCCAGAAUUUAUUUUUAUUUUUAUUUUUAUUAAAAUGCAGUUCAGGCCCAGCUUUUACUUCCAGGUUCUUACUUUUGCCUCCCCAGCUGGUCUUCCUUCACAGUCUCCUUCUGACCUUAUGUUACUCUUUGCCUCCAGUUCCUAUGGUCUCUCAAGCUCCCUUGUGUUCUUUAUUGUGGUCAGACAUUUCCCUGACCUUGCCUCUUGUGAUUAUGUUAUUGUUGCUUUCUGCUAGUCCACUUCCUAUGCUUAACUGGAAGCCUCUUGCUUUUGGGGAAAUACGUUUCCACUCAAGGCUCUUGGCAGGACCUGACCUUGGAAUUUGUGGUGGGAACACUGGUGCUUUCUGCAGGAUGUUCACAAAAACAGUUGUGUGAAUACAAAUCUAUAAAAAUUCUCCCCACCCCCAAAUGUUGUUUACCAAAAACCUUUUUAAAAGCUUCCACCCAAAGGAGAGGCAAUAUAACUGGUAUGCAGUAUUAUGUAUAGUUUUGUACCUGUUGUGCUGUUUCUUGGCUUCUAAGAUUGCUUCAAAUAUUUCUAAUCUGUCGCAGGUUCGUCUGAAUCCAGAGGAGUGUGCUGAUGUGUUCAAGCGUUGGGUCGAUCACCUUUGUUCUCCACAAAUCAAUCAGAAAUCCAAGGCCAUCCUUGUCCUCCUUUCCCUGGGUUGCUUCAUGAGAGUUGCAGAGAUGUUGCACAGGUCAAAUGAGGCGUUUUUUCUUUGCUUUGUUUAUUUGAAAAUUUACUAGGCAUUCCUCAAUAGAUGUAUAUACUCGGCGGCAUACAUAAAAAUACUGUUGUUACAAUUUUUGAGGUCAACAACAGGACCAUAUAUACAAACAGAGGAAAACCAAAAGUAGAAAAGACACACAUUCAGUUGAGAAUUAAAACAGCAAUUAUACCUAAAAGUCAUAUCUGAAUAAGUUCAAAUGCAUGUGUUUUCUCUGAGAGAGAGCAUCUUAAUUUUUCAGUAAGUACCAUAUUUUUCGCUCUAUAGGACGCAUCCGACCAUAGGACGCACCUUGUUUUAGGGGGGAGAACAAGAAAAAAAAAUCUCCCCCUCUCUGCGCAGCGCACCUUCAGUGAAGCGGCAGGAGAAACGGAGCCCCUUCCAUUUCUCCUCCCGCUUCGCUGAAGGGGUGCUGCGCAGCUCUCCCUCUCCCACAUUGCCUUUGCCUGCAGUGAAGGCAGCCCGAAGCCUCCAGAGCGCAGCGGGAGUUCCCGCUGCGCUCCGGAGGCUUCGGGUUCCUUUCGCUGAAGCCAGGAGAGCAGGACUCUCCUGGCUUCGGUGAAAGGCGCAGCCUUCUCGCUGCUCCCCAAGCUUGUGGGGCUGGCGGUGGGGGAAGCCUGGGUUCUCCCCCAGCCCCAGGGACCACACAUUUGCUCCAUAAGACACACAGACAUUUCCCCUUAGAUUUUAAGAGGAAAAAAGUGCGUCUUAUGGAGCAAAAAAUACGGUAAUCUGGUUGGGCUCCAAUCCUGUACCCAGUUACCUGGGUGUGAGCUUCAUUAAACUUCAGUAGACAUUUAUUGUAUUGUGCUGCUGUUUGUGUUUUAGUCCGUUACAGCAAACACAUUAAGUGUCCUUUUGUAGCCAGAUACAUUGUGGUAUAAGCAUUCAUGGAUUAGCUCACUUGAAGUGUCAUUUUCAGUUGGUAGGUAAUACAGUGGUGCCUCAGGUUAAGUACUUAAUUCGUUCCAGAGGUCCAUUCUUAACCUGAAACUGUUCUUAACCUGAAGCACCACUUUAGCUAAUGGGGCCCCCUGCUGCCACCACGCCACUGGAGCAUGAUUUCUGUUCUCAUCCUGAAGCAAAGUUCUUAACCCAAGGUACUAUUUCUGGGUUAGCGGAGUCUGUAACCUGAAGCGUAUGUAACCCAAGGUACCACUGUAUAGAAGUGUGCGAGCACAGUUGCACACAAACAUAACAUGUAAGAGAACAAUAUAAACGCUGGGCAGAGGUCUAUGGAAUACAAGCAUUUUCAUGGACUAGAGUCCACUCCAUCAAAUGCUAUGGGGAAUCUUUAUCUGGCAGAUAGAUACAUGCACGCAAGAGACAUAAUUUCACGCAGUGGGCCUCAAAAGCUACAAAAUGAGUAAACUACUAUUUGUAUCUCCUUGUUAAUGUGUUUGAACUGUUACAUUUCUUUAGUCAGUAGAGGCUAGAAAAUAGUACUUUUACUUUUAGUGGCGCAAAUGCACGUGCUAUAUAAAUUCUUGCUCAGAAUUGGGGACCUGAGCCUGUGACCCUUUCCAGGUUUUGCGUUAGAGGCAUUCCUGAGUACAGUCGCAAGCCUCUCAACAUACUCUCAUAGUGACAGAGAAUGUUGUAAGCUGCCUUGCCCUUAAGAAUAAAAACCAUCUAUUCUCUUUUAACAGCAUGAGGUAUUUUGACAGGGCAGCCUUGUUUGUUGAAGCUUGUCUCAACUAUGGCACAAUUGAAGUCAACGAAGAUGCAAAUAUCCUUUUUAUCCAGCGACUGAAUACAAGAAGUCUCUUAAAUAGGAUUGCUUUGGGGGUUCUGUACUGUGUAAUGUGUGUUUCAACUGAAUUACUCAUUUUGAGAGAAGAAAAAAAUAUUCAUUGUUGAGGGAAGGGAUAACAUUUCCCCCAAAAUGAUAUGGAUCAUCCAGGUGAUUAUAAGCAGAGAGUUCAGUGAAAAAUAGCACAAGUAGUAUUGGGCAUUUUCAUGUUCAAGAGCCAAGUAUUCCUCUCAGAUAGUGCUAGCUUAUUUAAUUUAAUUUAAAUUAAUUUGCAUCGCUUUCUAGAGUCAUUAUGACUCUGUUUUGUGGGGGAUGGGAGAGAAGAGGUCUGGUAGCUGGUUGUCUGUUUACUCACUUCACUCUGUGCAUUCCUUAACCCACACUUUACAAAAACUCAUCCAUGCGAUAUUUGCAGACUAUGCCAGAAGCCUGAAGACUCUGGGGUUUAAACAGGCUGCUACUUUAUUUGCCUCAAAAGCAGGACCAGCUGGUAAAGAUCUAUUGAAUGAACUUGAACAGCUGAAAGAAGAAGAAUGACAGCUCUUAAGCGAACCACUAAAAACUGAGAUUUCCCAUCAGAUGUAAUCAUCAGUGAAGUAACUCUUUUAAAAGACAAUGAAGGGGGCUUCUUGGUCACAGUAGAAAUUGGAAAUGCUGAAUGUCAUGUGUGGGCAGAAUUUUCUCCUAAUUUGUAGAGAUAAUGAGUUAAGGAAAAUGUCUGCAUUUCUCUUAAACCAAAAUUUAAGUGCCCAUAAGAGCUUUUAGCUACUUAAGGUAAAGAAAUGAUUCAUCUUCUGGUGUCUUUGAAUGAAAAGUACAGAGCCAGAAGUUCCAACAUUUUGCAACCCCCAAGCACCCAUGUCACAUGAUCUGACAUUUCCAGCAGAGUCUCUUACAAUGAUGCAGAUGAUAUUGGGACUCAGUCCUGCACUCUAGCAUUCUCUGUGGCUUUGUGAAAAGGAACAUACAUUUCAGUUUGUACACUGCUUCACUUGUUCUGCUAAAUAUAUCACUGCUCCAUGCAACAUCUAAGCAUCUUGCUCACUUGAUACUGGAGAUGACCUGGUAUUUCAUCUCAAAGUGAGCUUCUUCAAAAAGGGGGAGACUCUUUCACCCAAAAGCAUGGGAGCUAUGUAAUUCCCAGAGCUUGUCUGACCAGUCUUCCUUACCAGUUGAGGAAAAGCUUGGACAGGAUUCCCUUUUAAAGCAUGAUCUCUGUGUAUGUCCCCAAGCCCACGUGACUAGUAAGCUCUGCUGUGGACUUGUUUGCAGCCACUUGGAUGGGAAAAUGUGUAAUGGGAUCCUGCCUGAGCUUUAGCACCUUGUUGGGAUGCUUCCCAAGCAUUGUCAGGCGAGCUCUGGAAUUUCCCAAGUUCUUGCUGUGAAGGAGUUUGGAGGCCUUCAGAGCCAGCAUUUGAUACGCUUCCUGCUUGUGUCAAGGAGUCAGGCAAGAGACAUAGAUGAAAUUUCAAGUGGACUUGAAUAAAAAACAUAUGAACUCUGCUGGAUCAGACCAAAGACCUACCAUCUAGCCCAGCAUCCUGUUUUCCAUAGUGGUUAACCAGAUGCCUAUGGGAAGCCCACAAGCAGGGCAUGAGUGCAAUAGUCCAUUUAAUGCUGGACGUUUAUGCAGAAGUCCCCAUGCUGCCUCCGAUUCUGGAGGUUGUAUAUGGUUAUCAUGACUACUAAUCAUGAUAGCUUUAACCUCCUUUUGUCCAAUCCCCCUUUAAAGCUGCUCAUUUUCCAAACAAAACUAAAAAUGAGAGUAUGCUCUCAUGUACAUUUUGCUGAGCUCUCUUGGCUAUUUUAAAUGCACCUAUAACCCUAACCUAUUUUAAAUGAAACCAAGGUUAAACUUCUGCCAGUUGCGUAAUAUUGUUUUCUGCUUGGAACUGGGACAGGGGCCCUUUCUCAGAGCCACAUUUCCCUGUGGGGGCAGCCUUGUGGGGCCUGCAUGCCAGUGGUUGGUGGGACCCAAGGCCAUAGUAGGUGGAGCAACGGAUAAAACUCUCACCUUCUGUAGUGCAGUCUACAUUGCAGCCGUGUGAAAGCCCCACUCCAGCUCUUCUAUCCUUGAUCCUACAUUUAGGCAAGCAAGAAACAUUAUCAAAGUUCAAGGGCUCCUUUUUCGUAGUUUUUUGUGUUUUUUUACAGUCAAACUGUAUAAAUUUUAUGAAAUAAAUUCCCACCAGACAAAACCACUCAAGGUAGCAGGCCAGUGGGGGCCUUGGCCUAAGGAAAGCUCUGAGGGCUAGAGAGGCUUAGAGGGAAACAUUCAACCUAUAGCUUGAAGGUUCUCUCUCCCUGGUUUAGGAAGACAAGCACAGUUCUGUUAUUCUAAUUCUUUAUUUCUCCUUUUGUAUUUUGGGCAUUAUGUGUGUGUUUAAUUGCACGCUCAAAUACAUUCUGAUCACGGCCUGGUCUCUUUGUGUCGAGGCUGCCAUCCCAUUCUGUAUACAUUAAAGCUUUAUUAAUGAAAAAUGAUGUAUCUUUUAAAUAUUUUAUGCAGCGUUUCUCCUCCAGAAAAUCAGCAUGGGUUUUCAUCAUCACUGUGGCAUAAUAUGUAUGGCUUCCUGAAUCGCUUUGGUUCCACGGAGGUAUCUAUGGGUUCUGUUUUUUUAAGUAUGCAUCUUCAAUGGAAGGGAGCACACAAAACUUUCCUCCUUUUUGGCUGAUGAUCUAAUCUAAUGGGUAUACUGUGCAAAAAAUGUAUAGCUGCAGUACAGUACCAAAUUCCACAAUGCACUCACUCAUUCUUAGAGCAGAAAAAGAUGUUAUCACUUUGGGACAGCUUCUCCCUACAUCAUUCUUGAUCGUAGGAGAUAGUAGUAAAUCAUUCAGUGAGAGCAAAUGUAUAUUUCACAAGCAAGCACCCUAAGGGUGGGGAUGGAGAGUCAGAAAUGAGCGAACACAUGAAGACUUCAUAAAACUUAGGAGGAACAUUUCCUACCUACAUGGGCUUCAUAAUAAUAAAAUAUUAAUGCAGAGUACAAGAAAACAGGGGAAACAUACACAUUUGGUAUUUGGUCAUUUAAACUUGCCCAUAUUGUUUUGUUCAUUGUGUUUAUUAUAAGGGUGUAUUAUCAGGACCUAUUUGCAUUCCAUGAUUUUAUAAUUUCACUUACGAUUUGCACUUAGAAAUGGGUUCUAGGUCCUCAAACACAACUUUGUUUGCCAGUUUAAAUAAAUCAGUUAAUUGUGCAAUACUGAUAGAUUGAUGUGAAACCAAUGUUUCUGCUUUGGAGCACAGUAACCACACAGACGGCUGCAUUGCCUUUAACAGCUAAUGUCACUUUGGCACAGCGAAGGGCGAAAUGAAAUAUCUUAUCAAAGGAAGAACAACAAAAUAACCCCUUUUCAAGUUCUUGUGAGAGAAAUGCUCAUGUUGGUUGGAUUUCCAACUUCUCUGGGAACUGGAUAAUUGGUUUCUGGCAAUAUGUAAUGUGCACUGAACUGUGGAUUCAUUUAACUGUGUUUUGAAUGUCUCCUUUGGCUCCUUUUCAUACAGAUUGCUUCAUAGGAUCAGUGCAGUAGAGGAUCUUUUGAUGCUUCCUCUUUCAUCUGGUUGUGAUUUCAAAAUCGUUAGAAUUUUAGACUGAGAAUAGUCUUACUCAGAUUCUCAGACUUCUUGAAACACAGGGAGUCUUUGCAGUGGUUGAAAGGCUAUUGUGGUUAACAAAACUGUUUGAGUGGCCUGCCUUCUGUGCUAGUGCUAAACAGUAGUGCUAGCCACUUGAAGACAUCCUAAAACAAUACCAUUGCUAAGUAGAGAUCUGUUCAAAACCCAUUUAUGAUGUCUGGGAGCAUUUCUAUCUGCAGAAUGGUCAUAAGCUGGAGAAAUGUAUGAAGGUGCUUGCUUACAAAUGUUUUCAACCUGCAAGACCUUUCCCGCUCAUUUAUCUGGCAGGAAUUGUAAAAGUCUGGGUGGAGGGAUAUCACUAAUUUCAAUUGAAGCAUCAGAUCUGUGGGCAUAUCUUUCUACGUACAUGAAAAUGCUGCUUCCAUUGAAAUUAACAGGGCAGCUCACAGGAGAAAUACCUCUAUCAGGAAAAACACAGAUCUAGGAUGUGAUGACUGUAUGAUCGUAUCUUUAUUUCUUUGGUUCACAGUGGCAUUUCCCCCCCAUAUCUAUUUUUUUGUAUAGCAGGCCAAGUUAUCUCUUAGAAAUACUGGCUGGGGCAAAACAUCAUUAUAUGUGAUUUGCGCUCAUGAAAGCUGGUCAAUUCAAAACAGUGCUUGUUGAGUGAAUAAUGUUCAGAAAACUGAUUACCCUGAUUUUGAUAAUUUGCUCAUUUGUUAGCGGUUUGUCAGUAUUCACAAUUUUUGUAGUCUAGUUUUUCCAUAUAUCUUCUAGUCUCUUAAAUUUCCUUUCCCUUUCUUUUCUCCUCCUUAUGAAAGACAUGUCUCUGUUUUUAGGAAGCCUGUAAGAAACCCUUUUUAAUUCAAUUGACACACAAUUACUUAAAGUUGCUCAGUAGUCUCCAAAUUUGUGGACGUAUUAUUUUAAUCUAAACCAAGAGAACAUUGCCAGUGGCAAACCUAUUCACAGUGGAAUUUGUUAUGUGGCAUUUAUAAUAAGCAAAAUUGAUGCCAUUGCUUAUAUACAUGGAAAACUGUAAAUUAUAAUGUCUUGAAAUGUUCUCAAGACAUUUUCCUCAACACAUUUCACUUGUCAUAAUAUGCAUUCCUUUUAGACAAUACAGGAAGUGUGCAACUCCUGCCAACUCACUUUUGAAACACCUUGCGGGUCUUUGUGUGGGGUUUUUUAAGUGUGCUACUGUCACAUCACUGCAUUCAGUGUCCCCUUGCAAGCUGUAGACAAUGACUUGAAGUAGGAGACAGGAAAGAGGUGCUAAACAUGAUAUUGCAUUGAAAGUCAACACAGCAAUGUCCUGGUCCAUUGGUAAAGAGAAAAUAUGUAAUAACUUGGCCUUGGGGAAAUUCACAACAGAACUGGCUUGAGGCUUUAACUUUUAGGCUAAGCCACAUAACAUACUGUCAGCCAUGCUCUUGGUAGACUCCAUCAUUAAGACAUGUAUAGCGGCAGCAGUCUUUUUGUAAAAACAGGGCUGUGCAUUUGUCACUCUAGAAUUUCACAUAGUGAUAGUUAACAUUUUUUUAAUCAGUACCAUCAUGUUUGGAAAUCGUUGACAUUGAGAGGAGCCUUCUUACACUGGGUUUAUGUGCUUCACAGCAUGAUCUGGUGCAUGUUUACUCAGAUGUAAGCCCCACUGUGUUCAGCUGGGUCUACUCCCAACUAAAUAUGCACAGCAUUACAGCCUUAAAGUUUGUAUAUUUUGCACAAUAUGAAGUGCCCCGUCGAUUCCUUGUACAAAGAUGGGGAAAAAAUCAUUGUAAAAUGCUUUUUGUUGUUGUUAAGUCACGGAAAAGUUACUAAAAUUUAGUUUCAAAAACAGUUAAGUGUGUUGUGAUGUAAUCAUAGAAAUUGUAGAUGUACCCUGAUAUUGUACAGAGGUACUUAGUGAAUGUGUCAUUCACGUAACUGUGGCAUAAGCUUUUGUGUGUUAUAUCUGUUUUCGUCUAUCUGUAAGCCAUUGGCUGAGUUGCUGUGGUAUGACAGAUGCAAGAAACUGUCAACACAGUGUUGACAAGCAAUGUUCUUCCUCAAAGAAAGAGAUCAGUUUGGGAGAAAGCAUACAGAGGCUAGGGACAGGAGCAAGUAGGGAGACUUUAGAACUGGAAAGUGUACAAACUACUUAAAACAUAAGAAUCAAUUGGAAUUUUUCUCCCUUCUACAAUGGCUACAUUGAACUCUCCUGCUGCCCCUGGUGGUGUGUAAAAGGUAUAGCAGGUGGGGAAAAUCAUUACAGUGGUGCCUCGCAAGACGAAAUUAAUCCGUUCCGCGAGAGUCUUCGUCUAGCGGUUUUUUCGUCUUGCGAAGCAACCCUAUUAGCGGCUUAACGGAUUAGCGCUAUUAGCGGUUUAGCGGCUAUUAAAGGCUUAAAGGCUUAGCGGAUUAGCUGCUAAAAGGCUAUUAAAGGCUAUUAAAGGCUUAGCAGAUUAGAUAAAGGGGGGGAAAGCGAAAAAAAAAUCUCAAGACUUGCAAGACAUUUUCGUCUUGCGAAGCAAGCCCAUAGGGAAAUUCGUCCUGCGAAGCAACUCAAAAACGGAAAACCCUUUCGUCUAGCGGGUUUUCCGUCUUGCGAGGCAUUCGUCUUGCGGGGCACCACUGUAUUAACAAUUCAGUUGCCUUCACCCACAUGGAGCACAUGAAAAUGAGCUUUCGUGUACUAAAUGCUUUUACACUUUCCUUUAUGCCCAAACAUAUGCUGCCAGCAUGUAAUAGCUCCCUUUUCUUCAAAAUAAGUGGAUAAAAUUCAUAACUGCAAGAGAGAGGGUUGUGUUGCUAUGAAGUGUAAAUAGAGAUUCCUCUGAAGGCAGGCUGGUGACAGGUUAAGUCAUUCUUUUCUAUUUCAGUUAGGCUUCACCUUUGACAAUGAUCUAUUGGUUCUGACAAGCUGCCAUAAGAUUACUCUUCCUCACUGCAGAUCUUGGUGGGAGCAAGGUAUGGGAGGAAAUAUGUAUCCAGAUGAGGCUCAAAUGUGAUCAGAAAUAUGAAUGCUGCUUACAGUGGAGAGUACUGACCUUUCUCAGUUCUUACAUACUGCAGAGCUGUCUUGAGUAACCCAUGACGUGUUGUGCUACAGUUAGAUUGAAUGAAAUGGAAUGGCUAGAUACUAAAUUGAAAAAUUAAAUACUUGCAAGGCUCAACUGACAGCAAUAAAAAACCAGGCCUUUAGCAUCAGCAGCAGUCCUAUGGAAUGCUCUGCCAAGAGAUUCAGCAGGUGCCUUCUAUUUCAACUGUAAACACAUGCUGAAAAUUUCUAUGUGCCAGGUGUAUGCAGGCAAUAGUUAAUGGUCUCUAAUUUUAAUUUUUUACUUAAAAAAUACUCAGAGACUAUAAACUUUGAUUUUUAUGAUAUUUGUUGUUGUUGUUUAGUUGUUUAGUUGUGUCCGACUCUUUGUGACCCCAUGGACCAGAGCACGCCAGGCACUCCUGUCUUCCACUUCCUCCCGCAGUUUGGUCAGACUCAUGUUUGUAGCUUCGAGAACACUGUCUAACCAUCUCGUCCUCUGUCAUCCCCUUCUCCUUGUGCCCUCCAUAUAGCAACAUAUUAAUAUUUCUCUUAAUGUAGAAAUGUUGGGAACAGCAAAAUGUAUAGCAUGUUACUGAACUUAAUGGGACCUGGUGACAGCACUCACUUAAACCUUACAAAUGAAACUCUGGUUCCCAUUGUAUUGAGAUAAUGAGAGCUGUAAGAAUACUUGCAUUCGGUACCCUUAGUAGGAAUGAUAAAUUUCAGCUUUCAUUUUAGAGGCCUCGGAGUGCAUGGUGGAGAAGUGUAAGUCGUCCCCCCAAAAUUGGAUUAAUAUGUAGCUGAGAGAAAAAGUUUCUAAAAGAUGGGGGGCAUUACACUCUUUCACUGUGGCAGAGGUGAGUCUCAGGAGACUUUUUCUGACAGAGCUGUUAGACAGUGGAACGGACUCCCUCAGGAGGUGGAGAACUUAACUUAUUAAAAUAAUAACCAGUUUUAAGUUGUUGUCUGGAUCAAAAAAAGCAAGAGGGACUCAACUUUGGUUGAUGAAAUCUGAGCACUAGUGAUGCGGAAAGAGCUGUUCUGGAAGAGCCGCCCCUCAUAUUUCCUCUGAAUUAUUUCCUGCUACCAGCUUGUCUUCCAUUCAGACCUCUCAUUAUCUCGUUAUAGUCAAAUUAAUUGCAAUGGGUGUUCUUAAACGUUGUUGUUCCUACUUUGCAAAACCACAAGCAUCCUUCUUAAGGAACAAUCUAAGCCAUUCAUGACAACAUCCAACAGGCAUUUCAUCAGCAGGGCUCAUUUUAUCCUUUGUUUUAUUCUUUUCUUUUUUCUUUUUUCUUUUUUACAGAGCCUUCCAGACUCGGAGGAAGUAA